AUGGACACCAUCGUCGAAAAGCUGCCGCCCGGAAUUAUGAAAAUUUACAGUAAGUUUGUACGUCUUACCGCGCCACCUACGAGUUGAUGCUGUAAAUGUUUGGACGAAUCUGAGGCACUCCAAUCUUAAGUUCUUUGUAAACUCAAUAUGAGAUGAGGAGAGGCUGGUGUGUUUUUUGCGACUCAAACGUUCACAGCUGACACAGUUAAAGACUUAACUUAUUAAAAUGAGACUCAGGUUUCACACAAAGACUGUAUUUGCCAUUUUCAGUCUAUAGUUUCACCCCAGUCAGGCCAAUAAACCUCAGAAAAUAGAAAACUUGGUGAAUCCCGCCAACAGGAAAGCUGCCUCAGGGACCAACAAAGCUCUCACUGCCCCGUGAUUGUCAACCAUGUUUGGAUAUCGUGUAUCCUGUUGUAGUAACCAGGCAAUGUGACAAAAAGUGGUUGAUCAAGUUUGACUUGCACUUUUUACUGCAGAAAGAUUGCUGUUGCUGCCUCUCUCCCAUCGUGCUCAUUCUGUCCUUCAGCUUUUCAGACAUACACCCACCUCCCCCUGCCUUUCUCCCUCCACCUUUUACCACUGAUCUACAACAUCCUCCUGCUCCUUAAUUUUGUUGCACAUAUAAAUCUCAGCUGUAAAGUUAAAGCUGUUUGAGGAGAGGGGAAGUGCCCAUGCUAAGAAAAGUAAGAAGUAAGCAGGCGGCUGCAGUCAUCAUUCAGCCUAGAUUAUCAUAUUUUUAGCUCUAACUGUAACUGAAGUUGGAAUUUGAUUGAUCGCCCUGCGUUAGUUGAGCAUAAUAAGAAAAACCAAGAAAGCGUGCGAUCAUGCCAGGAGGAGCUUCCGACUCUUCAAUGAACUCCUGGAGGCCAUAAAGUCCUCAACAAGUCUUUACAGUAAUUUCAAAUGGCUGAAAAACCUGGCAGAUAAUCUGAAUUUUUUUCCUCUCCUAUGCUGUGCAUUUCUUUUCACCCAUGAGUGCUUUGUUUUAUAUACUAUAAGUUCUGACGAGUAGCGCCCAACAGCAUGUUUUACCUUGACUCGUAAUUGUUUCACUGCAUAUAUACCCACCUGUACUCCCUUAGACCCAGAUGCACGCUGUGGCUUUUCCUGUGUACAUAUUGCAUAGCUUGUGUAAGUGUCUCAACUACUGUACUGUAAUUGCCCACAAUGUCUUCCACAUGUGCUGUUGUCUUUUACUAUCACAGCUUGAGAGACUUAGAUGACCUUGAGUCCUCUCGUGCCCAUGAGCCUCGUGUUGACUGCCUUGUUAUUUUGCACUGAUAUUUCAUAACGAGGAAGUUCCAGGGGGGAUCCUUCCCUCCGCCAUGAAAACUAAUCAUCAGAUAUCAGAAAAGUGCAAGCAGAUGAUAUUCUUUCUUGUGGAGGAAGUGGUAUGUUUACUUUAACAGUUGUUGGAUUUGUCUGUAUAGACAUACCAGAACUGGCCUUGAUUUUCUUUAAACUUAUACUGAAUUUGCUUUAUUACUGGAACAACAUGGGGAAUCCAGCUCCCACUGGAGGAGCUUAUUACCGUUUCAUGAGCCACAGCACGUUUUCAAGUGAUUGGGAUUCAGAUUUACGGUAAAAAUCCAUUUGAAAACCAUUUUAAAAGUGAUAUGAUUUUUCCUUUCAAGGUUUAAAGUUCCUUUCUUCUUAUUUAUGACUCUUUUGACAAACUCCAGCAGAGGUAAAUCACUGACUGACACCCUCCAGUUGGACUCAACUCAGUCACAAUCAAGAUGGGGAUUUAAGUUUUGAGUCAUUUUCGGCAUCAGAAUUAAAACGUCAUUUUUUGUUUCAGAAUAGGCAUCUGCGUAAUUUCUUUGCUCCUUAGCCAAAGUUAGGUCAAAGUGCAGCCCUGUCUACACAGCAGAAGCAGCCUGAGCAGCAUCAGUGCUCUGUGUGUGUCUGCUGUUAAAGCUGGAUUGAUAUAAAUGUCUUUAAUUUCCUUUCAAGUCUCUAAAAUUCUGAAUCUGCCUGCCUUAAGAGCCGAACUAUACCAAACAUUAUGUUGUUUUUAUUCUGUCUGUUGUCUUAAUGCUUUUUAUUGCUCCAUUGAAUACGUUAUUGUCUUCCAUUAAAUGCAUGGAUAAAAUGAAAACAAUGUUUAAAGCCCUUUUUAAGAACAUAUGUUCCUCCUUCAGACUAUAGAGCGGGCACAGAUUCAGAACAAACAGUGAGAAUCUGUUAGGGCGAAUGUGUUUUCAUUGGCUCUCUGACUCUUUGUGGAUCUCUGGUGUUUGAUUGACACAGCGUGCUUUCCACGGCUUUAAGCACCAUCCCAAAACAUUCCAGUCUUUCACCUUUUAUAUCAGUGUUGGAACAUGUAAAUCAUAUUUAUCUAAUUAUCUUUUCAUUUGCAACUCAUACUUUCACACAUGUGCUUCUUCAAUGGCAGUGAUCAAGUGUUUGACAGUCUGCGUCUGAAGGGUUUGGGCUGCUCUGUUGUCAUUUUCCUGAUUGAUUGUUGUGAAAUGCUGUAUUGUUUAUCACGCCAGGGAUAGUCAGGGUUGUCAAUUGGCUUUUGAAGUAGAUCCAAGAAGCCCUGAAGCAAUCUCCUGUUUCAUGGUUAGCUUUCUCAUGGAGGGGGAAGGGUCUGUAGGAUUAGGAGAGUUGCUUUGUUGGGAUCAUCUAAGUGAUAAUUUAUUAUGUUUGUCCUUUAUCAAGAUUAAGUAUGUGUGAAGCCGUCUUCUUCUGUCUGAGCAUGUGAAAUAUGUUUCUGCUCUUGUCCCCAGCAGGAGAGUGGGACCAGGCAGCAGAGAGUGAAGGCAAAGAGACAAACAGUGAGUACAGCACAGUUUUUGAAUCAGUACUGUAUGUAGAUCUCCUCAGUGUGCUCACAGUGCAUGCAUGCAUCUCUGCUGUGAGGCACGUCAGAAUGAAAAAAAGAGUCUUUCGCUGCCAGGCGAGUGACGUGACUGUGUAAACAAAUACAGAGCAUAUGAAUGUACCAUAUUUUGAAUGUUGACACUGUGAACAUGAAAGAUGAGUUCAAAAAGUAUGUAUCUUGCAUCUUUUGGGCUUCAGACAUUAAAAUUUAUGGGAGAUGAACCACAGCCACAGCAAAACAACAUCAAAAUAUAUUUAAAAGUCCAUAAAAAACUCCCCGAAUGAUCCACCUCCCCGCUGUUCAUCCAGAUGAUACAUGAGGAUGCAAAAGCAAAACAGGGAAGUAGCUGCUUUGAAGUGGUCAAUCUGUAUGUUUUAAGGGCAUAUUUAAUGUAGAACUUAAGGCCUGCAGCUUCUAAAGCACAGUUUCAGCCAGGAGAGACUUCAUGAUGAGAACAAGUGCUUCUUUUAUGUGCAUUGUCUUUGGCUCUUUUGUGAAGUUGACAUGCACUCGGUAGGGAAGAGUAGAGUCAGCUGAAACAAGGACUGAAGCAGGACAGAAGAUAAUAGGAUUCAAUUUUGGCAGCAGCAUCAGGAAGAUCGGCCAGAAAAUGAGGCUAAAAUGGAUUGUUUUUCUGAAGAGAGGUUACACCCGUAAUUAGCCGAUCACCAGAACAGGAAGAGACAGAGAGGGAGGAGGACUGAUGUGAAUGUACGAUGACUUAAGUAUGGAUGAUGACUCAAUGAAUGAAUGAAUGAAUGAGCAGAAAGUGAGAGAGGAAAUGAAACAAAGGGUGUCAGAUCAGCAGAUCAGAUUGUUGCUAUAGCUUUGGCGCAUGCUCAAACCGUUAGGCUGGCAGCGCCUCACAGGCCGCAAUUUCUCUUUUUAUAAUUAUUUCUUUUUUGAAGAGAAACAACAUCGUAAUUUUACAUUCGAAUGUUUCACACUUUGUCUAAACACUUUUUUUUUUAAUCGACAUCGUUGGUGGAUUGCGUCCUUCCCCAGGUCCAUUGUAGUCAAUGUCCUUAACCUUUCCCCAUCGAGGGCAUAUUCUUGAGAGGAAGAUCAACAUCCUAACCUCCACUGUGCAACCAAGAACCAGAAGUAAAAAUUAAAAAAUAAAAUAAAAUAAGAAACCACCAAACGAAAAUAUUUACAAAUGUGCUGAGGGUAACAAAAAAAAGAAAAUAUAACCGAUGGAGAGAGGCCUAACUCAGAAUUUCACAGGCCGCAGUUUCAGCACAAAGUAGCAUAUAUAUACUUUUCUCAAAUUCUCAUUUUUUCUCUUACAUUAAGUAUCAUUGAAUUAUUCUGCAUGUGAAAGCAUUAAAACAUUCUAAGUGGAGACAACAUAAAAGCAUUUCAUCUCACUGCGAUUUCUGUACAAAUCAUCGUAUGUUGAGAGCUGAGGCGGAGAUGUGUUUUAUCUUGAAAGCGCUCAGUUUUGGUCCAGACUUUAAGAUUUACUGUGGAGGAGCUGACGUGCGUCUUCUUUCUCAAAGAUGAUUUUUCCUUCUGCGAAGGGGAACGUUAUGUACAUAAUGUUACAGAGCUGCGCUGUACUCAGUAAAUUCACUCAGAACAUCAUGUUACUCUGGAGUCUGCCGUGUUUUUCUUGUUGAGGUUUAUUAGCAGGCAGCUUAACACACUGUUAGUUUUACACAGAGAUCUCCACACAUGUCUAUACCAUAGUGACCGGGGCAGAGCAGCACAGUUUAUUCUAUAGUGGUGGUCUGUGAUACCAGACCCAGCCACCAGGGGGCAGUGGUAUAGUAAAGGUGAUGUGCUGAAAGAGGAGUAUGAUGGUCUGCUUACAGGUGAUGCUGUUUAGAUCAGGGGCUGAAAUGUGGAUCAUGUAUUAUUUUAACUAUCAGCUGUUUUGAAACUCUUUUUUUAAUGUUUGCAUGUAUGUCUGAACCUUUUUGAUCUUGAUGCAGAUUUAUGAUGGUAAAAACUGUUUGUAUACAAAUCAAGAUAAAUCUAUAAACCACUUCCAAGAAGGAUGCACAUGUCUCCUUCUGAGAAAACACAAAGCCAGUGGAUUGCAGGUAAAUACAUAAUUGAUUAGAUUAGCGAGGGGGAAAUCCACAGAAUAUAAACACCUGGUUUCAGAUUAGUUUAAGGAUCAUCUUUCUCCUGGCCUCAAGGGGUCUCUUACAAAAUUUUCAUGAAGUAACAACAAACUCACCCUCCUUAAUCAUAAUGAAAACAUUUUACUGAAAUAUUCUUUAGUUUGUUGUUUCUCAAACAUAAACCUGAUGUAGUAAAAACUCAAAAUAAAAACAAUUGAUGAGAAGUUUUAUGCUACCAGAUACAAAACUCCAACAUUAAAAGUUCACAUUCAAGUAAGAGAUGACAGUGUUGCAAACUUUAUCCGCUGUGUUUGUGCUUUUUUCCGAGUUGAGGUUCUGUCAGAGCUGCUCACAGUGAUAGUGCUGUUAAUGAUAGCACUGCUGACAAGAGGCAGGGCUUUAAAUGCUGCAGUGUGGUCCUCAGAAAAAGGCCCUGCAUUACCUCUCCUUCUCAAUGCAUCAUUACCCCAAUGUGAGUAGUGAUUUAUGAGCCACGCUACAAAUGCUGGGAGCAGUUCCUGUCUGGGGGCAGAAAUCCACCCACUGAUUGCCACUAUUUGUCUGUCUGCAUGUGUGUUUGUGAGUGUCAAAUGUGUGCGUGGGCAUGACAAAAUAGACGCAGGACAGCUGUAAAGGUUUGUUAGAGCCAAUAUGAGCAUGUCUUUCUCAGCGUGUGUGAGGGUGGGUGGGUGUUUUCCUGUCUGCGUGUGUGAGAUCUGUGUGCUAUCAGGGUUGGUGUUUCACUCCUGGUAACUAGAUACAGUAAUGUUUCACUCCGCUGGGUGCUGAUGGAUUGAAUUUUAAACAGAGCAAUGUGGAGUCCAAAACCAAACAGCUUUGAAUGCGUCACUGAAAUGCCACCACACACUUUACCAGGCCACUAAUGGGCCUGAUUUUAGAGAUUUUGGAGAUAUAAUCUUAAAGAGAAAAGUAACCAAAAGCUUAGCAGAGACGUGUGAGGAAUGGCACCUUUGUUUUUUUUUCUCAGAUUUGCGGGGCUUUGUGCUCAGCUUUGUUUUUUUGUUUGGAGAUUAGAUCUAUCCUGCUUCAUCUUGGGCAAGGUUGAACAUGUUGUUUUGACAGGAUUGUGUUUACUCCAGCCACAAUGAAUCUCAGCCAGCUCAAAGCUCACAUCAAAGCUAACAGACAAGUGUGAUUGACUGUGACGGAUGCAAAUCUCUCCAUAUGUAUUUUUGUUUGUUUGGAUAAACUGCUCCUUUUUUUUAGUUUUAAAGUCUGCACGUGCAAAUUCAUCAGUGUUAACAGUUUCCAUUGUUUGAGUGAAGACAGCUAUUAUUGCUGAUAUACUCCAAAUGUAUAUUUAUUGUUAAAAAUUCCAAGCAUUCACAAAAUAAGAUGGCGACCUAAUAUUGUUGACUUUUGCAGAAGCUGUAACGAACUUACAUUUUUGUUUUGAAAACUUUGUGGUUUCCUGUCCUUGUAUUGCAGUGUUUCUCCCACAUUCGUUGCGCCGCUACUUAAAUUUCCCAUCAUCAUUACUAUCAAUGCGCCAGUAAUGAUUUCUACUCGCACUGUGUGAGCACAACAACACGCAAUGUUAUUUUCAGCUUGUUUCGAGUUAUCAACAAGCGCGUCAAAUCCUGUCGGACCCUCUUCCAUCAAUGUGAAAGGUAAUGUUCAAGCUUAUGCACGGUCCAUAUAGCGAGUAGUGUGGGUAACGUAAUGUAACAUGAACGUAACUGCGUAGCUCCAUGAGCGGCAAGAGUGUGGAAAUAGCAGCGAACCCCCCCACCCACCCGACAGAGAAGCGCUGCUGCUGAAAAAAAUCUAGGGGAAACACUGGUAUGUAUGCUUAAGAUUUGUAAAAACUUGACCAGAAAAUGAUGCACAGCAGGUUAUGAAAAGGUCAUCGGGGUUGAACUGAAAAACCAGACAGUGGAAUAUUUUAUAUAAUGCUAUUCAACAUGAUAUCCAGAUUAUAGGUUGCACCAGUAUAUAAGACGCUAUCUGGUUUUUGGGGGUCCAUGAAUUGGAACCGGCCUCCUACGUGAGGAUUCCCAUAGCAUUCAGCAAAACCCACAACUUUCUGUUUCUGUUCAGUGCAGUAAUUCCAGGAGUUUUAACUCUGGCACAGUGCUUGAGUUCAGUGCUUAAAAUAAUUGCAACCAAUUCACCUUGAGUUACGCCCUCCCCUCUCAUCUGGGUGCUUAUUUUUGCUAAUUGAGGAGUUCUUUCAAUCAUGGUGACCAGUUGCCAAAAAGUGUUCUUCUUAGCUAUGUAUCCCAGCAUGCUGUGCAGUAAAUUUUCACUCAUAGGUCAGGUCGCAUGCAGGGACAGAUGCAGCUGUACUAGCAUGCAUGAUGGCCCAAAACAAGCUUUAGGGAGAUUAGAGCGCCAUCUUCAGCCAGGAAUUUUAUGGCUUGUCAAAGGGUAUUUCAAGGAAGAACAUUUAUGAUCAUUACUUUAUCAUUUCCUUGAAGUAAUAAUCACCAUAUUAAUCACUUUGCACUGCAGACGCGGUCGUUCUUCUGCCUUAGCGUCUCGGUCUGAUUGCAUUUCCAUGAAGAAAUGAUCAUAAAUGUUCUUCCUUGAGCUGCGUCACCCCGCAGCAGUCUGUAAUGGACUGGCCUGAGGUCUCGCUACAAACAAGUGGCUACUGGAAGAGAGUAGGUGAGUUUUGUUCAGUCUCUUUGCUAAAUAAAUUAGGCAAAGUUUAAAAGAUGUUUGGUAUUGUUCCGUGUUUGACCCUAAAUUAAUUUUACGCCGGAAUAUCCUUUUAAUGGAAAAUUACAAAGGGCCUAGAAAAUAUCCUUGGGGGAUCCCAUUUUGGAUAGCUACUCUGAAGCAGCUGUAAGACAUCUCACUGAAAUGUCAUGAUCAACUGCGCGUAAAGGCUUUUGAAAUGCCUUGAAAAAAGACAGAUAACAGAAAGGCUGCAGUUAUAUGGUUAAUAACCUUCAUGGCAGCAGGAGUUGUGCUUGUUUGGAGAGUCUUACCGUGUGAGCUCAGAGGAAAUGGCAGGUGUUUAGAGCGUUUUAUCAAAGUAUUUUUGUGUAGUAAUAUUUGUGCUUUCCCUGCUGUCUCUUGUCUCUCUCUCCUCAUAUGAGUGUGUGUGUUUGUGUGCCUGAAUAUGGACCACCCAAACCCUUUGAGGUCAUAACAAUAACAUGUCCACUUCCUCUCCGUGAUACGGCGGUGGUUUCAGUUGAGGAGCCGUAGAUGAGAUAGACACUAUCAGUCCACAUCACAGUAACAGCAGCAGUACUGUUUGGUUGCCUUGUCACAGCUGUGUGGAGGUUAAACUCCCUCCAUGCAUUUUUCUCUAUGUCUUCACAGUCCCCUAUAUACAGUAAAAGCCCCAUAUUUAGUUUGAGAAGUUCUUGAAAAGCACCAACAUAGCUUGGCGUGUUAAUCCAUCCUGCAGCAGAUGUUCAAGCUUGAUGUUGCAAUUAGUCUUCUUUUUUUUAAAGCCGCUCUUGCAAAAUGUGGUGUUUUGGAAAUGCUCUCUCACUGUUUUAAGACUUUUUUUUUUUUUAACUCUUAACUUCUGCAUAAACAAAUUCCUCUGGUUAGACUGCAUUUUCAUUUUUGUGAUUCUUUAUUUUGGGAUUUUCUCUCCUCCUGUGAGCGAAAAUACACUGUGGUAAUUAAUAUGAUAAUAUGUGUGGUGGCAUAAUUUUUUCCAGCCAUCACUGUAGGCUAUGUUAAAUUGAGGUCUGAGUGAGGUUUUAGCUGGAAACACUGAGGAGAGGCCUAGUACAGUGUGUCUCUGUCUGUGCUCUGCUAGUGAGGGGGGGAUAAUAUUUGUGUUUUAGAGAGGAGGGCACUUACCCGCAGUUGGAACUAUUCUUAUUUGCCCAGAUAUCAGGGAAAUUUAGCUCUGCUUCUGUUAUGCAAUGUUUGGUUGUGUCACAUGGUUCAGUUCACCUACAACUCUUAAACAAAACUACCUUGUCUUAAAUGAUCCGUGAACCCUAAAAAGCAGCCCAGCGUGCACUCAUAGGAUGGGAGACACAGGAACUAUACUGUUGCCUCAGCUGGGUGAUUUAUUGCGCCGCACAGUUUAGCCUCAGGAAUCAAGUAUGCUAAUGUGUUUGAUCAAAAGGAAAUUCCUCUGCAGAGCUUCUUAUGCUUUUAGACUUUGUUUUCAGAUCACUCCUCAAAUUGGUUUCCCAACAUCUUAAACCGUUACUGUCUGUUUAUGUGCGAGGGGGCUGAUUUAUGGUGUUAAAUGACAGUGAAGCUCUCAUCUGUGGUUAAACUGGGUGCAAUACACCACUCAGAUGCCAGUUCUCCGGUCUGUCUAGACGGGGUAAACACCGGGCUUUAUAGACCUGACGGCUUACGAUCACUGAUGAUUGGGUUUAUGGGAUAUGAGGAGGCCGGGUCAGUUAAAAUGAUUGACAGCUAGUGGCUUUCUUUGUGUUGUGUGUUUGUGUUUGUUUGGGAGCGAUGAAAGAUCUGGAGAAGAGUUAAAGCACCUUCCGUUUGAGAAGAUGAGGGCAUAAACCGGUCUUUACAAAUACUACUCUUGAUUUCAAUUUGGAGCGGCAGUGAUUUAAAAGGCAUUUAUCCUCACUGUACUUCAGAGUAAUGGAGGAAACUUUUCCCACAGCCAGCAACAACAUGAAAAGGAUAGCUGAUGAAUCAUUCUAGUUUGAAGGCAGAUAACAAAGACCCUGGGACCAUCCAAGAAAAGAGAGUGCUGGAUUUGAUUUGCUUCAAGAUCCCCAGAUCUCAAGUCUCCUUCGCUGAGCUUGGUGUGGUCAGAUGCUUUAAACUAGGGAUAGUGAUGGUGAUUAUUCUUGUAAUUGAUGUGUGUUGCUGUGAGCUUUGGAGGGGGAAGAGAUUCCCCGGGGUGCUGUUCGAACCCAUCACAGCGCUGGCUCUGGAUUACAGGUAUCUACUGUGUCUUUAUUACAGUAACAAAUCCACACCCAUCUAAGCACUAGCAUUACUGCCGUUUAUCUCCUCCAUACUAGUUUUUAUCAACAGCCCUUCUCUACAGUCUUUAUUAUGUGUGAUGCUGACAUUUAACUUUGCAGCAGCACCCACAUCUUAAUUUGACUCAAGUUGCCUACAGUCAUUUCUGGAGUUUUAUUAGUUACAAGGAGAGAUGAGCAGGUUAUGAAAUAGUCUUUUGUACUGUUGGUGACCUUUAAUAAGGACAUAAGACCAUCCUCAGGAAGACAGAGAUAGUUCAAGUGCUCCUCAGUUCAGAUUCUCCUUAAAUCAGGUGUGUUAGAUGAUUCAUGGCACGCAGACCAGAGCAGUCCAUGCUGACAUUUCCCCAGGUUAGUUCGAGAGUAGUAAUUUAGCAACACUUUGACUAUUGCAGGGUUUUAUUUUUCAUAUCAUUGGAGAUUUUGUUCCUGAGAAAGGAACAGGAAAUGAAGAAAAAGCACUUUGAUAACUGCAGUUUUUAGCACUUCUGUAUCGGCUUCAUUUCUCAAAACCGUAGGUUGCUGCUUGGGUUGACAUGAAGACACCAAGUUUGUUUGGUAGAGCAUUAUCCAAAGACUUCACUAUGUCUAUGAAAGUACAAACAACGCUGAGACACAGCUGGACAAUAGAGGACAGUGACAUUGUCUUGGUCACAGCUCUAAGUCAUACUGUUCUCUUUUGUUUUAUCAAGAUACGGUAUUCAAGGACAGCCAAUACAAAAUAAUAAUGAUGGACGAACCAAAUCUGUUUGUUUUAGGCCAAGUUGUAAAUCAAGGAUCAAAAUCAAUUUCAGAAUGAUUACAACUUCCUUAAUUUUCAUAACCAUUCAUUUCAGACAGCCAUGUCAUUGCAUAUAUGGGCAUGAAAAUGAAAAGUAUUCUGUUUCUCCUAAAAUUGUUUAUGUGAAAUAAGUAUGUGAAUUCUCUUUUAAAUUUCAUGGUGCUUCAAGCUAGCACAAUUGGAAACUUUCUGGAAAUUUGUGUAGUUUUGAUGUAGAAGUAAGUCCUACAGGUUUACAUAUCACUCAGGUUUUAUUUUUUGUUGUUGUUGAAAGGGUUCUAAGCUCUCAGAGUAUCCUUCUGAUCAGAUUUAUCUUGUUUAUUUUCUAGCUUUAGUUUUUUGUGUCUUGCUUACACUCAUUAAAAUACUGUGUUUUUGAUACAGUUCCCCACAGAGCACAGUUAGGGUUUAGCAAAGAUGUCAACUUUGCAAGAACCACAUGACUUGCCCUGUGUGCAGGAGGAUGAAUGGCACCAUUUUCAUAGUCUUCAGCACAGAGAGCUUUUUAUGGCCUUGAUUAUAAUCUGUCUGCCUCUGAUUCAACCAAGAUGCUGAAACACAAGAUGGUUGUGGCUUUGCAAUAUGGUUUUGCAAAACCCAAUUUUGUAUCAUCUGUGUGUUUCACUACAUUUAUCACACACUUAAAACUGAGAACCUCUAGUUUGUAACAAUUUAUCGACUGACUCAUUUAGACGUGCAUGUGCAACGUACCUUGUUUGAAGCUAUGAGCUGAAAUUAUGAAUUGAACUUGGGUCAACAUUGGAAGAAAUAUCCCCUCCAUUGUUACGGAUGAAUGAGCAAAUAGGAAACAUCCUGGCAAAGGGAGAUGUGCCAAGAGAAGCUUUACUUAAUCGCUCCUACCAGGUCUGUGCCACAGUGAGUCAUAAUCUCUCUAAACAGAUAUCUGCACAUGAAUGCACAACCUGUCGGCAAAGGACCAGAUAUUUGGUAUUUUUGGAAGCGAUCUGGUUUCCGUUUGUAUGCUGUCUGAGUAAUAUUAAACAAUCAGGUUUGGGCAGACUUAAUUUUUUCUUCAGUCUUCGUGGAGAACAAAAGAAGUGGAACACAUUAGAAGACUGGCCGUCUUGGUCUUCAUCUGCUAUUGUUUGACGAAAAAAGAUAUCUGACUAUGAAAACAGAAAAAAAACAUCCAGCGGUAGAUGUGGUCUCCACACUCCAACUCCUUUCUUCCAUUUCAAGCUGCAGUCUGACUUUAAACCAUGACCAGGGUUGGAGGAAGAAAUCUUGGCGUGGAUUCUUCGACCUGUUGGCUACAAAAGAAAACCCUGCAAAAAAAAAAAAGAAAAGAAAAAAGAAAACUGGCUGUCAUCCUGAGAGGCUAAAUGUUAGUCAGAUGAUAGCUGAUUUGUUCUGAGAUUGCUGUGUGAGAAAUAGCUCUGAGAUCAGUAUCAGAGUCUGACCACAUUACCAAAGGCAGCCAAGACUACUUAGCACCUACUCCUAGUAUGUACUAAAUUACCUCUGUGUGCAAAGACCUGGUCUGGGUUCAGGUUUUGGUUCAGAGAAAUCUCCUUUCCCCUUAUGUAGUUGUGUGUGCCAGCCUCACUCUCACUUGGACUGAUGGCAAGAGGAAGUGAGAGGUGGAUGAAGAAAACAGAGAGUGGAGGGACUGCUGCUAUACUUGGACUCGCAGUCUUAACUUAGCACAUGAUGGUGUUGGAGAUAUUAGUGUGAUUCGCUGCGGCUGAGGGUUAACUGGUUCAUUGCACAUUGCUGCUCUGCCUCGUCUCGGGCCUGUAGGGAUCGGCGCUGGCAGCUUUCGCGGGUUUUCUGUGUUGCUUGGCAUAAACAGGGAAGCCAAAGGGUUUGUCUCUUCAGGUUAACAGAGAUUAACCUGACAGUUGUGUUCACAAGAGCAGUGAUGGCAGAAGUGGAUGACUCACAUACAUCGGCAUUCAUCUCUAUACUAAAGCAUCUGCACCGCUACAUCUUUCCAGUUUGUAUUUAUUCAACAUCCAAUGGGAUUAGGCUUUAAAUCCUAUUUUAUUUUUCUUUAAUCCUUUUUUUAUCGUAUCCUGCCUCAGGUUGGGAAUUCCUGCUGGUUAUUUUUUCAUGUUGUACAAGACUGAGUAAUUUGUCUUUUGUCCACAAGGGGGUAGACACUCAGUGCACUUAUGGAGCUAGAUAGGAUUCACUAUGUGUCCCAUCUUAACAUGUCUUGGCUGACUGUGCGUUCGUGCCGUGUUCUAGUUUCACUCCUUAUAAAACCCUUCUGCGCUGUCAUGUCACUCACUGGUCUAAUUUGCACUUCAGCACAACACACUGUGACAGGGAGGGCUUAAAUCUCAAGUGGACCUGGUCAUUACCUGUAAGAACCUGGUUAUUAUGCCAUCAGAGUCAACUUAUUUUGGUCAUUUCCUCCUCUAAACCCUUAAGUAAGAGACAGACAAGCUGCCCGUCUGAUUAUAUAUUCAUGAGAGAGACAAAUUUCCCCAAGGAAAGAAUGGAAAAUAAAUGGCAGAGUAAGAGGCAGAUCAAUUAGUAACAGCUUGCAGAUUUCCUCGGCCAGAUUUACUUCUGCUGCAUGACAGCAGGAAGGGAAGUUUGGAUUAAGGUGGAAUUUCACUUUGUUUCACAUCCUGAGGAGACUAGCAGUUGUGCCUCGCAUGUCCUUUAUUUGCUUGUUUGCUUUAUUAAUUUUGUCCACGCAGUAACGACAUCUGUUUCAGCCAUCAAACAGAGAGAAGGUGAAAAUUUCCUCGGUCAUUAUGACCCGCACAGUUUCUGGUGGUUACGCUGUUUUAUUUACACCAGCUGUAAAAGGGGAAUUAUUACAAAUAACGUGAAGUAAACAUAUUUAGUAGAUGAUUGCAUGCGUAAUUUUGCAGGAAUAUUUAUGGCCUAAUCCUGCCAGCACUAUGAGGCUUCUGAUCACCUGUGUUUAAUUUCCUUUUUAUGGAGGCCACAGUAUUACAAACGCACACAGACACACACAUGCAUGCACACAAACAAACUAAAAGGAAACUCCCCUCUUACACAGACAAACUCUGGAUCACCUUGCCCACACUUUCUCACUGCUGUAUGAUCCGCUGAAGGUCAAUCCAGUGUUAUGUGAAAUAUACGUGUGUAUAUAUGUGUGAGUGUAUGCAUGGUGUGGGUGCAGAGGGACAGCUGGGCUCUCUUUCUGUCAGUUCCCUGGAUGUGUGCGCAGAUUUAUGAGGCCCCAGCUCUGAUGCUCACACUCCUCUGACAUAUCCAGACGCAACGCUUGGUUUCCCUCUCUGCCCCCCCCCCACCCCCCGGGUGAUUAUCCCCUCCACCGAGAACCCGCCACAGCACCGCAAUCACAUCUCUGCAUUGUGUACAUACCCAGAGCAUUCUUGUCCCAUUGUUUCUAGAAACACAGCUCUUCUCUGCCCCCCUCCCUGCUGACAGUCCAUUGUCACACGCUCCAGCUUUGACUCUCAAGAGAAAUUUCUUGGCCUGUCCUGGCUUGAUUGCAGCUUACAUUGGCGGGAUUGUACUGGCAGUGCACUGGACUCCGAGUUCAAUCUACGGGCGCUUCUUGCAAAGGUAGGCUGUUUCAUCUCUUAGAGGAAAAUCUGCAAUAAAAAUUCCUUCAUUCUCCAAUAAAGCCCCCAACAAUACAUCGGAGAAUUGACAGACCAUAUGCAGUUAUAAGCCUAUCAAUCACCAGGUGUCACUUUCAAAAACAGCCACUGUUACCUCACGUUUUCGACCCACUAUGACCUUUUAUUUAUGACAUCAUUUCAUUAAGUUUAAAUUAGCCUGAGAGGUGAGGCACAUCAAUCUGAACACAAGCUCUCUAAAUGCACAGAUUUCAUACCCAUGAAGCACAUGCUAUUACAGUUGAUGAAAGAUACACACAGCAGUGCAUGGUACUUGUUUGAGUUUGCAUUCUCACUGUAAAGACAUGCAGCCUAAUCCAUCUUCAUUUGUGUUUGAACUUGCUGAACUCCAUUUUCAGAUUCAAGCUUCACUGAUUCACACAUCAGGAAGACCUGGACCGCUGCCAUUUCUUAUUAAGUCAGCUUUUCCAUCCGUCGUCCCCGUUCUGAGCUGCUUUUAUAGGAUGAUCUCAGUAAGGUACGAAAACAAUUCCUCUUCACCGGCACAUCAGGACUUUCCGGGGACCCCUGACUACCUGUCAUAUUGCAGAGUGGUGGGGUUGGGGAUACGGUGCGGUGGGCUCAUCAGCUCAUAAAUAAAUGUGCCGUUUGCCUAUCAACGCUGGAUCAACCUGUUGACUUUCCAUACAGGAGCGUGUCGAUAUUCGCUUCCUCUGUGGUGAGUCAAAGCGAGCAUCUUUGACCCCCAACCGUGUUUGUGAAAGCAAUCACGAGCAGCUGCUGUGAAGGUCACCUGUGAACACUGGGUGUUGCUCGACCCUGACUGGGGUGUGUUUAACCAUUCAAGUUGUUUUUAUUAAAGAGCAAAAGGGAAGGGAAGAUAUGAGGGAGUGGGGGAAGAGUUCAGACAAAGACUGAAAGGAGAAGGGGGCAGCACAUGGAAGAGAAAACCCAGCAGAGAGAGAAAGAAACCUGCUGGCUGAGGUCCAAAUUAACUAAAGAGACUGACCUUUUGUGAUCGUUGGCCUUCAAAUAACAAAAUAUUGGACAUAUUUGAGAGCAGACUGCAGAGGGUAGAUCGCCCACCAUGUUUGUUUUGGCGUGUCAAAGGAACAAUACUGUCUCUAUUCUCCUGCAGAUGGAAUUUGGCGUCAGGUUGGUGGCUCAGGAAGAUCCAAUCAUUCCUUUGUUAUCUGGGAGAGCGAUGGUGAUGUAGUUGUCCUUGAAGACAGAAAAGGGGGGACCGAGUGCACCUGGAUACCCAGCUCAUUCCACCGCUACGGUCAUCCCGCGACUUGCAGCAUUUUUAACAAAUAGUGCUGGAGAGCGGCAUGACAGCUGGUUACGUAAGGAGAAGAGGCGGAGGUAGCCACAAGGGAAGUUUACCUGCCAGUGCGAAACUCUUCAUGCCCAUAUAGAGCGCAGUAUUUGUCACCUGUCAGAAAUUUUAGAAUUAUGAUUGCUGAAGGAGAAACUUUGGAGGAGAUUCAUGCCAGGUGAUUUAUUUUUACAUGAAGCAGAGAAAAUGUCAUGGAAAGAGAAAAAAGGAAGUGAGGAGAAAAAAAAGGGAUUCAUACGAGAGAGAGAGAAGAGAGAGAGAGAGGGAGACUCCUGGAGACUAAGGACUGUUUUUGCUGAUGUUAAUGUUGAAAAUUAAAGGUGGAUAUCCCUUUUUUUACUGGGCUGUCAGUUUCGUCCAUUAAGUUUGGGGUGGCUGUCUCAGCACACAGGUGUGAAGUAAUAAAUGGGAGUCAUGGAAAGUGUCAUUUAACUCAGCAGUCUUCUUGCCUUCACUGUCCAGCUGGCUUACAUGCUGAUGCAUAUAAAUGUCUCUGUAUGUCAUUAAAUCCUGGAAUGCCUUUUCAAUUAAAGUUAUUGCUUCUGAUCUUUUGCUUUUAGCUGUUGGUCACACUGACUCAAUGGCUGCCGGGGAAGGCGGCUGGUGAAGACAGCGUGCUUUUUGGGGGGAAAUUUGGGGUGCAAAAGGGGGGUAAUGAUGGAGGAGAUCUGCUAUAUUGGGUCUGGAUGCCUUUUCCUGUCACAGAUGUGGGUUUGGCUGGACAGUGGGUGCUGCAGUCUGAGAUUCUGACAUCAUCUGUUUGGGAAAAAUGAAGUGACAACAACAAUAAAGUGUCUUUUGUUAUGAUGGGACCCCGCUGAUUAAUAAACCAUCUGUGGCCUGCCCCCCCUUGUUGAGUCCACAGGCUAUCAACUCGUGCCAGUUCUUCCUCCUGAUUGAUCCAGCUACAAUGACAGCCCUUCAACGGGCUCUUUCGACAUCUUUGCAAGUCAUCAUUGUGCUGACAGUGCAGCCACAUGUUGGGUUUAAAAGGUCAAGCGAGGUCCUGGUUGUCACUGAAAACUUUUGCUGAUAUUCUCUAUGAACCCAAACUUCUAUUAAAUCAAGAACAUACUCAAUAACUUCAAAACAGUUGUGUGGCACAUGCAUUCACUUUGCACUUUAUAUAUUGAGCCCACGCAAAUGAAGGCAAUGUCUGUCACCACAUAAAUGCAAGAAUACUUCAUUCGUCUGCCUCUAGGCUUGUUGUUGGUUGCAGAUCUAAACGAAGUCUGCGUCUAUUCUUGGCUCACAAGCGCAGCAUCUGCUAUGUGAAGUCAAACAUUUCUUUGCAUUGUGUUACAGGAAAUUCCAGCCCCUGAUAAAACUAGGUCUACACGAAGUACAAGGUCUCUGCUGCAUUUAUAGAGAGGCAAUUCCCACAUCGAUCUGGCUCAGGCCGUGGUAAUCUGGAUUACUGUCAGCAUGCUCUUAGUUGUUUUGUUUGGUGAAAUCAGUUAGGAGAAACCACGCUGAAUAGAAAAGUGUCCUAAGGGCUCAUUCAGCAAGGAAGCAGCGGUGAGCAAUCAGCCAUAUUUAAUCAAGCACACAUGUCUGUGCAUAUUUGUAGGUGUUUACCUUGCACUUGUUUUCCCACUGAUGGAGUGUGGAACCUGACCAACAGACUCAUGUUUCAAGGCUGAGGUGAUUUUGGUUUUAAGGCAUAAUCUCUCUGUGAUUGUGUGUGUGUUUGUGUGUGUGUGUGUGUGCGCACAUGUUUGCCCUGGUUGACCUCUCUGUAUAUGCAUGUACUUGCACAGUACCUGCUCUGUCUACACUAUUAGCGUCAGCACGCAUGCUCUUCCUCUGGUAUCAAUAGUUGGUAACACUGACAUCAACCACAGUUACUGCCUGUGGCGAAAUAAUAGGUUGGGUGGAAAAUGAGGACUUGUAGUAUCAAAGUCAGGGUGUGUUUUCAUUUUAUUGGACAGAUUUCAAUUCCAUCAGAUCUGUCACAGAGGAAAAAAAACACGCUGUAUGUGUUACCAAACUGCUGUACCCAUUCCAGAUAUCAGCUUGUAACCACAGGCUGGACUUUUUACUCACACUUUGGUUUAUGUCCUGACUGUAUUAUAGUAGAUAAGCGAAGCACAGUGCAGUGAGGAACUGUAACUUAUUUCAACAAUUGUUCAUAAUCAAGUCCAUGUAAUGUAAAUGUUGAUACGACUUUAUUUGAUUUGAUUAAUUAUGGGUAUGUGUAUUUUGUAAAUCAGAUUUUCCGUAGCAUGUGCUCGAAGAUUUGACGGCUGUCACAAUAUGAAUUCUUUGUGGUGCUCAUAUGUGAACAGGUGCUGUGUGCGAUUAUUGAACUCAUUUACUAUAAACAUAAAGGUGCUUGUGUGUGAGUGACAAGGAGGAUGAGCUCUCAGAGACUUAUCUAAACAGACCAGACAACAGGGCCUCAGCAGUCGUCAUAGUUUCAUCUCUCAGACAAUCUGACAAGUCUGACUUUGAAGAUUAUGACAUGCAAUGCAAUAACACGGAUCUUUUUCAGUGUUUUUACAGUUUUGUGUGAAUAUUGGAGUGUCAGAGCAUUUUGGCUCUGCACAUGGAAGCUAUUAGCCGGAGGGCUUAGCAGGGCUGUUCCACUGAGAGAAAUGAGGGCUGGAGACCAUCUCUGCGUUAUAUGCCUGGGGGUUUGUUUUUCCCCAAAGUCCCCUGUCUUUGGAGGUGGAGACAGACUGGUUUCCUUUUGAGACAACCUGUACAGAGUCUGAAACCUGGCCACAAGAAGUCAUGUGGAAUUUAGGAUCUGGGAAACGUAGGAUUAUUUAAUCCAUUUCAUGUAAAACAGAGUAUUCUUCCAGCCUUUAAAUUAUUAAUGGAACUGGACUCGUCUGCCAGUCCUCCAACAACGUAACUUUAACCAAGAGCAUGAAAGUCCAAUCCUUUCAGUCACUGCCUGUGGAUCACAUCUUUCCAUCCCCAGCUGGACUUCACACUACACUUGAUAUCCAGCUUUGCCAUAAUGGAACCAUCUCCUGCCUCCCAAUUAAGAACCAUCUGUGUUCCUGCUUGCCAGUCUCGGGAUCAGCCUUCCAACUAUGCCCGGCUGCCGGGAUGGAUGGUCCAAACUCAGGGAUCCUGUGAAGGAGAGGAGAGUCGCAGGACGCCCAUCUGGACUCCAUCAGGAGUGGGUAAACAGAGCCAGAUCCUGCAGCGAGCAGUGGAGCCUUGCCUUGGCUCCCACCCACCAUCACAGAAGACUCAGGCAAUGGCUCAAGCAAUGAAAUGAUACACACAUUGUCAUUAACUCAAACCGUGUGCAAAAAUGCAAAUUUGCUCAAAGCUCGUUGGGUGCACUCUCAGCCAUGUGCCUGUUCGGUUUAGUCCUUCGCUGGAGUUGUGAGGAACAGAGGAGUUGUAAAUCCUCUCCAAGGCUGAGUCAAGAGUUUUUCUUUUGAUUUUUUUUUUUUGUGUGAUCCAUUAAAAGUGCUUUUAUAAUGUCUGUUGCUUUACUGGCCUGUGUCGCUGUUAUCUUCCCCCUUCACCCACCGCACACUGGCAGGUGCUCUUCCAUACUCUGCCUCAAGUCAAGAAAGUUUGCUUCAGUCAUUCAUCAGAGAUAAGGAAAGAGAGAGAGAGGGGAACCUGUGGUAGCAGACAGAGUUACAAGAACGGAUGUUGAUGCUCUUUAAAUUUUUGUUUGUUUUGCUGAAGCGAUAGUAGUGGAGCUCACAUCUAUUGCAGGAGAAAGCUGUAUCUCCUGCAGUCUUCUGUAUUUCUUUGUGAUUAAUGUCCUUGCUGGCUGAUCCAGCAGACCAGAAUUUCCUCCUCUUACAGUUAUUUAAAAAUGAUCAUAUUCCAUCCCUUGGUAUCAGUCACACCUACAGUUCGUGCUGCGUCCUGUAGCUUUCUCAGAAGGAGCUUACUUCACUGUUAUCACUCCCAUUGAACCCCACGAACAAGAUGAAUUGGACUGCGCUGAUUUGUGUUGCACCUAGCUGAGUUUCCAGACAUAUUCUUUUUUAUUUGUCUGUCCUCAAUCACCCUGCAUCCCUUUCUUUUUCCCAAGCAGUGUUAACUUUGAACAGUAUUUCGAAUUGUUGUAGCUCACGGCUUUUUGUGUUUACAACCUCUCCUUUCUUCCCUCCUCUGCUGCAGCUUCGAGUCUCUUCUCUGAUCACAGAUAAUUUAGUCCUCUGCAGAACUGGGAGACAUACCUUCUAAGAAGGAGUUUGCAUGCUCUUACAUGACCUCUUAACAUCAUGGGUGUUUGUAUGAAGAUGUUUGACAGUUGAUUUAGUGCUGCUGCUUUGGAAUUUCUCUGUUGGGUGUCUCCACCUGGAUCUCGGUGCAGCUUACAUUAAGCUGGAAGCUUAUGUAAAAAGGACGCUAAAGAAGAAUGAGGUAAAACAGCAAGUUUCCACAAGUGUUCAGAUUAAACCCCUCUCUCUUCAGGACUGUGGCCACAAAAGCAACAGCUUUGUUCUUUCAUCACUCAGUCUCCCAGCAGCCAGUCUGCAUUUCUCACUGCUAGCAUAUAUAUCAGAGUUGUCAGGAUUUACUUCGUUUUCCAGCAUCCUAGUUAACUGUUGUGGACCUAACCCGGACUUGUUGUCACACAUGGGAAGGCCAGAUUGUUCCACUGAUAUGCUGUGAACUCUACACUUCAAUACUUGAGUAUUUUAUUGACUUGAGAUGUUUUUCUCGUCCUCUAAUGGAGAGAUUAACUGUCCUGGCCUUGCACUGACUGCACAUUUGAUCUUUUGUGCUGUGUGGUGAUCGGGCUUUAGAAAGAGGACCAAUGACCAUAAAGAAGCUAACUGCUCUGCGUCCUGUUCCUAGACAGAUUUAUUAUAAUAAUCAGGGUGUAGGCGAUCAUGGCCAGGGCAGCUACAUGUGGAAAUGCACCAUGGUAAUAAUGAUAAUAGGCCUUCUUUAUAAACUCCACAUUCUUCCUGCUCUCUCAUUAAAUGAGUUGUAACCCCAGCAGUCUGUGUUGCAGACACCAUCGGUGUUCCACAGUUGGAGGUUGAAGACGGUUUGGAUCCCAGAGCAGAAACUCUUGUCUGGAGGACGCUGUUUUCCUGUGAGGUCUGCUGUUGGGAUUCCACUUUCAGACACUGGAAACAUUUUGGAGGUUAGCAGCAGACUAAAACACAGCUGGCCUAGACUUCCUCCACAGCUUCGAAGGGUUUCUCAGACUUUGAUCUGGAUGAAACUGCAACACAUAACCACUCAGCGGGACUGCAUCACUGCACUAAUUCAUAUACCUACAACUGAGCUCAGAGCUUGGUCUAUUUUCUGUUGCUUUACCCAACCCGUUCAAGCCUCCCAAGAGUGGCUCUAAACCAUAUUUAAGUCAAAAAAUCCCUUUUUCCAUUCCCACAAAUUGAUACAGAUAUCUGAAAUUUGUAGAAACCUGACUGACACCUUUUUUUUUUUUUUUUUGAUUCCUACUUUAUACUCUGUUCAGUGUUGACAUAAAAACCAAAAUGAAUUGAAGAUAUGAAAAAGGAAAAGCUACUGUUGUGAGAAACAGUACUCCAUAGUACUCAAGUAAAAGCAUUGUUAGCUGUUUGUGCUUACAGUUAGCUUGUCAAACUUUUUUACCCUUGGACCAGUUUUCGUUCCCAAGUGGUCUACGGCACUUUAUACUAAUUUUCUAAUGUCUGGUACCAUUGUGUGAUACAAUAAACACUGUGGAUAUCACAGAUCAAAAAUCCUAACCAUGUAUUGGAGGAAAGCUCCUAAUAAAGAUUUACUGCUCCUGUAAGAAACCCGGGUUUAUGUGGGGUUCCUAGUCCUGCAGAGUCAGCUAUGCUAUUCCUCACCCACAUUUCUUUGCAUCACUUUGUUAAAGAUGCACUUUCCACAAGCUUUAUGCACAUAAUUUAUAACGAUACUGUACUCAGAGUCCUCACUUGCCCUUCCAUCUCCCAAAACAGGAAGGACCAAGCCUGGCUUAAAUAAGAGCUGUAUUCCAGACCUGCCUCCCCUGAUAUAAAACCAGGUUUUUACAUUAAACAGGGUUACGAUCUAGACAUUAAGUGUAUGCAAGGUCAAAUGUGUAAAGGGGGCAGCGAAACAGUGGGAGGUAGAUGGUUUAAAAAAUAUGUGCAUUUCAUUUCUCCUUACUGUGGGGAUUCCUUUCCCCAUUACUGACACCAUGUGUCGGUCUCUCCUAUAUACAUGGCAAACGUUUAUUAGAUAUUGUAUGUGGAAAAUGAAGACUACUCCACAUGUAAGUCUCUCAUUGUAGAAAAUUGGCGAGAUAUCAGUGCCCCAGCUUGCGUAUUUAUGAGCAUGUGAGAGAUCAGUCCUGCUGCGGGGCAGUCUGUACUUUACCUGCUGCAAACGAUACACUCACCACAGGAUGUCUUUGGUUUUGUGGGAUUGAUUAUUGUUCUUUAUGAAGAGCAGAUGCAUUGGCUGGGAGACGGUUUAGCCUUUUCAAUGGAAUCUGUUUGACAUGGGUCACAAAGCAGUAUGUUAAAUACAAGGUUAGGACUUUGAAUGGACUAGAGACCCCUAGAGAUUACUGGGACAUCAGUGAAAGUACAAAUUUCACUUCAUCCUGAAGCCUUCUUAACAGCACAUCUGAAGUGUGACAUAUACAAAGAUGUAUAUAUGUACCAUUUUGAGUGUGAUAAAUAGCCGACAGAGCAAGACAUGAGAUCAGUUAAUGUAUUCAGACAGAGCAAAAGCAUUUCCUUGUUAAUUAUCUAUAUUUAUACCGGUCCGAAUAAUGACUCGUUCUACUAUAACAGCAGGUUAACCUCUUUGUAUAUGUAAAAAGUGAUAAGUGUUGGGAACUCACCCCAUAAUUUAGCACCUAAGUCAUCUUAAGUGCACCGUAAGCCUCUGUCCCUCACCACAUUCCAGUGCCACCCAGACUCCAAAUUACUGUAAACUAAACCAAACCCACACCGUGGUAACGGAAGGGUGUCAAUUUGGACAGGAAAGAAUUUAUUUGAACGUGACUCGAGUUUCUGUGGCUCGACUCCCUGGUGGGGAUGUGGAGAGGGUCUGUCUCUGGUUACUCUGUCCCUUGAUGUAAAUGCCACAUGCACCCCAAACAAUAGCCGAUUCAUCCAUCGCUGUGUCUUUCUGCAACAGUGAGAGAAGGCUUCUGGGAAUGAAAAGCACUUCAAUCAAACUCCAAAGGAAGAAGAAACAUAAAAACACACACAGUCACACAUGAAUCACAGUGAUAUGUAAAUAUAGUUGUUGUCUGACAAAGCAAUUCAAAUUAGGGUCCAAAAUAAAGAAGCUAUAUAUCAAACUAAUAAAUCAAGAGGUUACUAGGUCAAAUAAACCCUAAUUUAAGAGAUAAACAAGUCAAACAACAAAUCAGUCAAAACAAAAUAAAGUUAUUGCCUGACACAUAAAAUUAAGAGCAAACAAAAAAUCAAUUCACUGGCGAGCAAACACUUGGCAACACAAGCAGGAAUAAACCUCUUGGAGAAGCAGCAACCUCAAGGAGGACUAGAGUCAUUGGUAGAAACCAACUGCCAUGACCGGCUGUGUUGAGAAAGUAGAACCAAGGGAGUAAAAGACCAAAAGAAAAAGUACCACCAUACCAGUACAUCUAGAAGGGCACCUAAUCAUAAUGGGGCUGAUACUGACCCUGUGGACUCAACUUGGUGUAAGCCCAAAAAAUGACCAAAGCCUUGUGGCCUUGUGGACCAGGUUUUACUAAACUGUUGCAUCCUUACUCCACAUACACCUACUCUUUGUUUACAUGUCACUCUUCAUCUUAUACUUAAAAUUUACAUUAAUGUAUCUACUAACAAAGGCACAUAAAUGACCAAAUUGAUUCCUUUGAGUGGAGUAUUAAAGUAAAGAAAGGCAAAGUUAUUCAGUUCCACCCCUAAUGGCAUUUAUGUAAUAAUAUGAUUAACUCCCACAGUCUCUCUCUCUGGGUACCUGGAAUGACCUUAGCUCACCGAUUCUUAUCAGUCUCACAUUUCUGUCUCUGCUCUCAGAAAUAUCUGGGAGGCCCAGAGACAGAGCCGUGACCUGAAAUGCGAUGUCCUUCAGUCGAGAGAACUAGCUCGGUUUGUUUUUUCUUCUUCACAACCAGCCUGACACACAUAUGCUCACUGUGAAGUUGUUUUGUACUUAGGGCAGCACAGAAAGUGAUUGAUUCACAGCAUCUUGUGUGGACACAUACUGUAGGUUCUGUAGGUGCAAGGGCAGCUGGCUCAAGUCACACAGCAGAAUAAUAAACCCACAGUGGGGUGAUGUGUUUGAACUCUGUCUGACAGUCCCCUCUUUUUCUAUUCUGCCUACCCCCAAUUUCUCCUCCAGAGCCCAGACCACGGAGCCGAGGUGAUGACGGGCCCCAGAAUCACCCAGUAGGCCUCUCUUACUGGUCCCACACUGAAUGGGUGUCUGUUCCCUGACAUCUCCAUCUCUCAUCACCACCCCAUCAAUCCCAUGCCUCUGUAACCAUCCCUGCAGAGACAGGGCUCCACUUUGUCCCAAAAAACCCACCCCACUUCCCUACUUGUUUUCCUGCCUUAUAGCCCCAUGCUGUGCAGCGGGUGUGACAGCUACCUGACAGCAGUGGCCCCCAAGUGAGAGAAACUUUAGCCAAAGCCUCACUCUAUCUCCCAAAGCAUCAAAACACCAUUGCUAGAAGAAUCAGCAUCCCCUGACUAAUCCAAAUACCACGUGUCUCUCCAAGAGAGAGAGUCCCCCUUCCCCCACUCUGUAUACUCAUAAUGGAGCCCCUCUACCUUGCUUUCAUCCACAUCAAGGUUCUGUGACCCAGUAAACGCCUGCAGGAUCAAGGCCUCCUCUGGGAAUAGAGGUGGAUGUUAUCAUAGCAUUCCAGCCCACGUAAAAGUAUGCCAAUUAGCAUAGCUGGAGAAUGUUGUUUUGAUAUCCUCUUUCACCAAACCCCCAGCUUGAUGGCAGGCAGAGCCCAUGUGGUAGACUCUGAGCUGUCACUGGAGCUGCUAUUGCUGCUAAAUAGGUAUUUUCUGUUUCAUCCACACCAAACUUUUACUAAAGUUUGACUAUGGACAACACCAACCAGCUUGUUCAUGUCACAACAACAUCUCCAGUUUCAUAUUUCUACUUUACCCUUUUUCAUUUCUUGUCUACUUGGUUGUGUUUUGAUGUACUUUGAGAGAAAAUAGCUCUUCUAGCUGUGUUGAAUAAGUUCCCGUUCUUAGCCAUCCAGCUGUGUGUGCUGCAUGUGUGUGAAUUUGUUUGUGCAGUUACGGUGUGUAUGUAUGAGCUUUUUUACAAACUCCACUUGUAUGUUCCAGACAGGUUUAUAGGGUGUUUGCACUGCAGAGUAAACAAACUGUGAAGUCUGUUUGUGUACUUUCCUCGCUUUCUCCACUGGGAAAAUGAUGUAGAUCAGACAAAAAGUUUUUUUUUUUUUUCUCAAAGAAGCCACAGUGUUGGUCAGACACCGCAUUCAAGUUAGGACACAUACAUAAUAGUCUUAUUUUUACUGAGUGAUUCACAGAGCUGGGAACAUAUGGUACAACUGUCCUUUAAUCUUAAAACCAUAUAUUUGAUCAAAGUGGGAUUGUGGUCAUAUAAUGAAGACCUUUGACUCUGCUCUUUGGUGGUAAAUCCUUGACCUACUUCACCUUCAGACUACUCUGUUUAAGAAGUGGAUGUAAAGUUCUGAAAAUGUCCCUCAUUGUUUGUUUUGUAGGAGAUGUGGAGCAUGAUUUUGUUUGAAGGAGCACCAUGUCAUCAUAAAAAACACCUAAAGAGAAUAUAAAGACAGCCUAAAGCUGGACUGGUACCUUACUUAAUGUCUAUGAUUGGCCUCUAGUGGCUAAUCCUGAGGCUGACAAGUCUUCCAUGUAACUACAUUUCAUCUAAACAAAGUUAUCAAUUUUGAGUAACAUUUAUUUUAAUAAGCCUGGAUUUGUUUGUGCAACACUGUUGAAAUGGGCUCAAAAGUAGAUUGAAAUAGUGUUAAUAUUGUGUAAUUCUAUAAAUUGUAACAGGCUUAGAUUUCUAAGUUCAAUCUGCCCAGGAUCUAUUCACUGGACAUAAUUCAAUCAGUAAAGACAUUUUAAGAUUAGAAAAAAUGUAUUUGAUGAUAAGAAUGGUGCUUGACAGAAAGUCUUUGGCAUUUGGACUCUAUGGGGUGAUUUUUGAGAUCGUAGGAUGCCUGAUCUGCAUGGUGGCAGGAAGAUCGCCCCAAUGCAGUCCUGAAGCUGCUGGUGGUGGCUGAUGACUGCUGGGACCAGAUGGAUGAAUGAUGGAUCUGUUGAUUUUACCGAGAUCAGGUGGAGAUGGGGAGGUGGAUGGAGCUGUGAGUGGCGAGAUAGAACUAGAGGCAGAGAAGAAAUUCAUUUUAAAAAUGAGAGCAGAACAUGGAUAAGCUGACUGCGAGGGUGUGCUACUAUGCUAUUGGAUAAGGAAUGACACCAGUGAAUGGCUGAUUAACCAAUGACUGCUCUGAGUGAUGACAAUGGGAAAAGUGAGUAGUUAUGAGAGAGGAAAAGACACUUUAAGCAGCUGUGACAGCAAUUAUGGUCUUACUGAUUUAACUUACGCUGGAGCUACAUUUAAUAAAUUAGAACUAAAAGGAAAUUAGACAUUCAAACCAUCAAUCCAUCGUUGUAUCCAUCUGUCUUCCAUCUGCCCUUCUACCUUUCCAACCAUCAACCCAUCACCCAUCCAUCAAUGUAUCUACUUGUCCAUCAAUUAUCCAUUUAUCAGUGUGAUUAUCUAUCCAUUAUCCAUCCAUCCAUCAUUUUACUCUUGCAUCCGUCCAUACAUCUAUUUAUCUAUUAGUGUGUGAAUACAUGCAUCCAUCCAUCCAUCCAUCCAUCCAUCCAUUUAUUUUUGCAUCCCUCCAUCCUUGUAAUCAUUCAUCCAUCAAGUCAUCCAUCCUCUCAACUGUUCUGUCAUUUCUGCAUUAGCAGUGUGUUUCUCCUAAUAAAGAUCGUUUGGACCUUAGUUUUGGUACCUAUUAUGCUAUUUCUAUAUGAAAUGGCCACAUAACUGUACACCGAUUUUUUUAUUGAGGCCACAGCCUUAAAGUCCACAUAUAGUGGCAGUCAGAGUCAGUAGAAGAUUCAAACUAAUACAGAAUCUCUAACAAGAAAAAGAAGAGUUCAAUAAAAGACCAAAAGUCAACUCUAUCAUUCGUACUCUUCAUCUGUAAAAAAGACAUAACUCUUUUUUUAAGUACUUAUUGCGCUCAAAUGCAUUAUUUAGAUAUAACUAAAGUGUUAUUAAUUUCUCAGCCUAACCAAAUGCAGACUACAUUGUAAAAAUGUUUUUCUUAUUUCAUCACAUUUUCUCUCAAGUGCCAGCAUGUUAUAUUACCAUUAUAAGGUCAUGGUCUACAGUUACAUCUCUUAAGCGUUAAUUGAUUAGAUUCACAAAGAGGUUGGAGUCAUGGGUAUUGGUUUCAACACUGUAAAGCAUUGACACCCUUUUUGUGGAAACUAUCAAGGAGAUCUGAUUGUUUCUUGGCUUCUUGAACCUCUGUGCAAAACUGACAACACAAGCUGGGCAUUUUGUCUGGCAGUGUAUGCAGCUCUCGCUGUGUCCAUGCUUAGUAAUUCUGCUAACAGAAAACCAUAUGUCUGGUAGAUUUUGGAAUUGGGGAAAGACCCACACAAGUAUGGAGAAAACUUGCAAAUGUGUCUCAAUUUGACCGUGUCUGCGCUGGAUUUAAGCCCUGGACCUUCUUUGUGGAAGGCAACUUCACUUCUGCAGAAUUCAUGUUUUCAUCAGUUGUUACGCUGUUUAAUGAAAGUAAACAACCAAGAAAGUCAUUUUGCAACCUUUAAAACAUCUUAAAAACAGGGUUAAGUAAAUUUUCUCUGCUUUGGUUUGUUGGAAGAACUCCCACGCUCUCAUUUAUAUACUGCAAUGACACACGACGACAGCCUGACUUGACCUUCAACAGAUAUUUUUGCAAGAAUGAGUAAUCUUUGCAAUAUUAAAGCUGCAGUUAAUCUUUGUGAAUAAAGAUGACCCUACCAGGAGGGAAUAAAAGAGGAUACUUCAGAAACAGAUGCAAACAUAAUGUCAGGCCCAAUAAGCGUUUGGCAUCAGAGCCACCACUUUUUUUUGGUGAAAACUAUAGCGCUUCAAAUGAAGAGGCACAAACAGUGGAGUUCACAAUAUGCACUCGACCUCUUUUCAACCACAUGUCCUAACCUCAAACAAUGCGCUGUAACUCAAAAGCAUUGUUUUAGACAUGAGGCACACUCUUAGCGCUGGCUCUGGAUCCAACCUGACCACGAUACCAAAUGCCUUCAACUCCCUCAGAGAUACAGUAAACGCCUCCUUCCAACCCCAGCAGACUCUCUCCCUACAGCAAAAACCACUUGAGUACAUUUGCAGUGUGUUGUGACUCUAACCAGAUCUACUUGUCCACACUUUCCAUUGAAUACCCCUCCUGUACGCGGAAUAAAACAGGCAGUUCUGUCUCACAGGGUUUUAAUGUGUUAUUGUAGACAAACCUACUCAUAAAUCUAAUUUCUUGGCCGGACAAAUGGUAACUAAAAAGGAACCUCCACUUUUUGGUGUUGUUUUUAAAAUUUUUGAGCCUGACAAACAGUUUUGACUUGGCGGGGUUGGUCAUAGCCAGGAGGGGGCCGGAAGGGUUUUAGAGAGAGAUGUCGAGUGAGUUUGUGGUUGCCGUUUUAAGUUGGAUUAGUAGUGUCACUUGCCAGAGAGCACCAUAGUCCAAGAAGAAUGUGACACCACUGUUUUGCUCUAUAAAUCAAAGGACAAGCUUGUUCUGACCGCAAGAGCAUUUUGUGAUUCCCCAGACUAAUGAUUUAUUUGUAAGUAGCACUUGUACAAAGUAAUUCAGAAUGAGAUCAUGAAGGUUUAUGUCGACAUCUGUUAUUCAGACAUAUUUUUUUACAUGUGUAUGCCACAAUCUCUGAUAGGUAAAAAGUAAUGUUGUCAGUGUCUGGAUUUCCAUUCAUUCUGCCUCCAGUUCCUCUGGGACUCGUGGUUUCGAGUAGUAAGGGGUUUCUGGCCUCUCUAGUUCUGCUGGUGGAAGGAUAUAUGAUAGGAUAGGUUGUGGUGUGGCUGUUGUGUGUGUUUGUGUUUCUGCUCUGACUGCUGCAAUGUUUUCGUUCCUGCAAAAGUGUGACUUGGCCUCGGGCUGUCACGGCUACUGGCUUCACGUGGGAUGUCGGUUUGGAUCGCAGGAUGGUUUUGAUUUAGGAUCCUGAUGCUUCCUGCAAAAUUUGCUGUAGUAGACAUAAACAGUUCACAAUAUAACGAGUAUUUCAGUCUAAAGCCUCUUUGUAAUUGAUUCUGCCGUAUAUCACAUAAGGAUUACUUUGGGUAUUUGUUUUGACUUGCAUGUCUUCCUAAUUUGUGAUCUGAUCAAACAUGAUAACCGUGUCGCUGGAGGAUACAGAAUGCUGACGUUAUUAUCUGUUGCAUGAAGGGAGCUUUAAUAAAUGAGCCCUCUGAAUCCGUGUAUGGAAAACAUAUGCUUGGAAUACCAAUUUUCAUGUUUAAUUUGUGUCCUCAUGUGAACUUACUUUUCCCACUACAACUUAGAUUUAUUCCGGGAUCAUCUUUUUGUAAGCUGAUAGUAAAAUUAGAUGAACUCUUUCGUCAGUUCAACACCCCGAAGGAUCGUCUAAUGUUUCCAUCCAGUAUUUAACGAUGUCAAAAAAAUGAAAACCUCACCUGCCCCAUGGGAUAGAUCACAGCAGUCUGAUAACCCUGCAGCGAAAAAGACUAAAUAAUCUUUGUAGAAACUUUCUUGCCCUCAGGGUGAUUAAUAAAGCUGCUUAUCAUAAUGAACAUGACUUAUCUGGCAAAAAGAUUAUAAACAAAGGGACUAAAAGAAUAGCUUAGGGUUAUUAUUCCAAAGUUAUAAUGGGCCUCAUUGUUUCUCAUCGAUCGGCAACCCUGAAUCUAUGAACAAACUCAGUCUUUUUCUCAAUGUGUCCACAAUUAUGUUUGUAACUUUCACAGAAACACACGUCAGUUGUGCAACGGAGCAGUGUUUAAGACUCCUGGGUCACAUCUAGGUCUUGGAACAGGCCUUCUUAAUGCAGGUGGAACUGCAGAACACCAGUGUCUCGGUCUCAGAUGGAUAAUAAUUCAGUUUAAAAAAAAAAAGCUGGAGUCUGACCUAAUUAGAAACAGAAAUGAAAACAUGUCAUGCUGCUGUAGUCAUGAUUUCAGCAAGUUGAAGUACUGGAAUCACCCAGUGCGGCUUAGUCCAACCUUGGGACCACUUGAAGGGGAUUUGAUUUUUAUCAUGGCUCCUGUUCAAGUCGACACCCCUCAUAUGAGCUUGACAGUGAUUUACCAGUGACAAAAGUAAAAGCCAAUGUUCUGAGUGACUCCAAGGUGUGGACAAUGUUUCUGACCCUCAGAGGAGACCUGGGUUCAAAGAGUGUACCUUAAUGACAUUAUGUUUGCUGGUCGCCUUGUGAGUUUUUUAAUCUCUUGCAUGGGUGGCUAUUUGUUUUCUCUGUGCUCUCUGUAAGUGCAUAGCUCCAUGUUUUGUGAGCAAAAGGGAGAGAUAGAGCGAUAGCAACAGAAGAAAGGAGUGUCUGUGUGUACCAGGAAAAAAUGUGGAAGUGAUCAAGAAACUUAAGCUUCAGUCUGCCUUUCAUUGCCCUUUAAAUCCUCUCUUAAUCACCUUUCUGUCUUAUACAAACCUGUGACCAAAACCAAACAACACAAGGGCUCAAGGCUGUACAGGUUUACAGGACACAUGAAAGCCAAAAACAGGCAGGCGUGUGAUCUGACAAUAGGAAACCUAUCAGUAAUAUUUGCCCUGUUGUCUGUCUUUGUGCCUCUCUGUAGCUUCUCUAAUUGGAGGCCAGAUCAAAAUGUUGUGGCAACUCCACUGGUCAUCACCAAUGAUGUUUGUAUUGGUCAAAGAAACUAUUAAAUUUCUCCUUUGCCAUCACCAGAAUUACUUUUUUUCUUGUAGGCCUGAAAAUGCUGGCCAUGUGUUGUCUGAAGGUUGUAGUGCAGCCUCCCUCCACUACUGGGGGCUGUAGCUCCGAUUAAAGGCUACAAUCCUCUAUUACCCAGAUGUGAGUAACCCCUUAGUAAUGAUCAACCAGCUCACGCAUGGGGAUGUGACUUUGCAGGAAGUACCAAAGGGUGGUGGAGCUAGUUCUGCUAAUGGUAGCCACAAUCAACAGACUCAUCUGACACCGUUCAUGAGCAGUCCCUGUGAUCCUGUUUUUAUCCACGUAAAUGAAUUUUGCCCAUUUUGGACUGUUAGUCAGUUAGUCAGAAUUUAAGUUUGUGUUUCAACAGCAAGAUAGCUAGUCGCUUUGGAACAUCGUUUAAGUGUGUAAAUAUACAUGAUACAGGGUAAUGGAAAUGAUGGCUGGGUUUUCCAUGAUCUAAUGGGAGAAGUAAAGUCAACCACAAUAUUUUGACAGCAUUGAAAGCUUAAUUUUUUAAAGCACAGCAUGAAUUCCCCUCAGCAGUAUUCAGUGUAUCUGUCACAAUUUUACCACUGAAGUGAUCACACACAAAGGUUUGAUUUCUUCUCUUCAUCGGCAUAUAGAACACAGUCAUCUGCAUAGAGUAUAACAAAUUAGUUGAUGACAGAUACCAACGCUGUGCUGACAUAUUGUAUAAUUAAAUUUUUAAGUAUCAAAUAAUAAUCCAAAUCUAAGGUAAAAAUACACAAUCAAAUUGGACAACCCUCAGUGAAUGCUGUUGUUGAAUAAAAAAAGUAGCCAAAGUCAUGUGUCAUGACUCAUAAGAACAUCAAAUUGUAGGGAAAAAAACACUGUCAGGAAAAGCAGGAACUGUUUGUUCCUUCUUAGCUUUCCGUUUAGGUCUCAUAUCUCAACUCUGCCACAGACCUCUGAGCCAACACCAGUCUAGUCAGUCAUCAUUGCCUUAUUGUUUGUGGUUCAUGUCUGUGUUGAUACACUGGAUAAACAAUAUCACAGAAUAUUUAACUUCAUGUAACUUCAUAACUUUCCUUUUCUUUUUUUUUUACUAUCGACCCUAAAGUCAAGAAUCACAGCUUCUCAUUUCCUAGUAGUUUUUUUUUUUUAGGAAAGUUUUAAGCCUGUACUGUUAAUUAUUUGUACUGUAUAUCAAAGUAACCUCAAGAAAAAUAUGAGAAACAAAUAAAAGUCAUGCUUUAAGGAGAGUUUUAAAUCUAAUCUGAGGAUGCGUACUUGCUCCAAUUUGAAGACGGGGUUUUGGCCGCCUGGGAAUAUUCUUUUUUUAAGUUUUCCACAUUCAGACACCAAGUCAGUUACAAGAUACAAUUUGGAGCCUGUGUGUUCAACAAAUCAUAAAAACCUGUUUGAAUAAAAUCAGAGGCCAUAUAAGUCUCUACCCCGUGUGGCACUCUUCCCGUGAAAAAGGGGGGACUGGGGUGCUAUUUUUGGUCCUCUAGGAGAUAAUUAAAACUUUCCCAGGGUGUCAGUAGAAUGAGAUAUGUUCUGUGGAUUAUAGCAGGCAGCUUGCAAAAAGCAAGUAAAACUAAGAGCUUGUUGACACAUAUGGUUUAUUUCUCUGCAGCCAUGGGCUGUAAAUCACUUUUACUAUGUCAGCCCUUGUCUGGCGUACAUAUUACCAUUUGUUUUUGUUUGUGCGCAAGUAACUGCUGCACCUCUUGUCGCAAUACUUAUCAGCAUGCCACUCAGUCAUUACUCAGGCUGCUUUUGGCUUACAUGUGUGUGAUAGGGUCUGGGCAUGGGCUGAAAAGCCAGGCAGGGAGAAGGCAGGCUUUGCCUUGUUGUGUGAGUGUGGAUGUGUAGAUGUGUGGUGGGAUAAAAUUUUGAAAUCAGGAGCACAACACUCGUCCAUCUUGGCAGCAGACCUGUGACACUGGAGAGAGAGUGUAGCAGCAGCAGCAGAGCCAGCCAAUCAUUCUGCCAAUCUCUCUCCCUGCUGGAAACAGGUCUUUUCCACUCUUUAUUAGAUCUGAUUUAUACUUUUUGUAAAGUACCGAACAACGCAGGUUCAUGACAUUAUGCAUGCUUUGGCAUGAGGAGGUUGUAGAGUGAGCAGCAGAGUGAGGGGCUAACCAAAUAAAAAGGCUGCAAACAGGCAGCAAAAUCUAAAGCUUUUGCCGACUGCAGGCUUUUAUUACCUUGCCAGAAAACUGUCUUGAUGCAGUGAGAGACCGUUUCUCAUUCAAUUACGUGUUCCAUGUGUGCGUUCCAAGACUUCAUGCACAGCGGCUCCUGAGCGGGCCUGAUCUUUCACACACAUCCUCAUCUCCAACACUCAACUCAUUGCCUAUCAAAACAGGACUGCACAGGCUCUCUCUGCCACUUGUGUGCAUGAAUGUUUUAUGUGUGCCUGUUCAGUGUCUUUAUGUGCUCAUUGUGUUUCAGGGAUAUUUCCCAGAGAAGAUGUUGAGGCACGUGCCUCAUUGCUUACCCACUCGGUAGUUCAGCGCAGUGCUUUAGGCAGUCACUGUGUUUCUUGUUCGAUGGAACGUGUACAGGUGGUUCGAAGCACAUGUUUUAACACCAGUCACCUGUUGAACAAGAAAAUAGCACUUGUAUGGGUGAUAUACUGUAUAUAUAGAAUAGUGCUGAUUUAUAAUAAACCUUGAUUAUCCAAGAUUUCAGCAGGAUUUCAUCAUCGUUCUUAGAAGUCUAAAAAGUGAAGAGCAGGUUCAAGAAAAGACUGUUUAACACAGAAUAAUUCCAGCACGUGAACUGUGGUGCAUGCACUGAACAUCAAGGCUGCUUUACCUCUAACUCAGAUGUGUAUACAUGCAAAAAAAAACAGCUAUCCCCCACCUCAUCAUGCAGGUAUGUUUUUCUGACUUUGUAUGAUUUCAGUUGAAUAUGUAUUUUGGACAUUUACUGUCAAAGUCAGACUAAAGCAAUAGGCAUACAUUUAUUUUUUUAAAGCUCCUGAGAGCUUUGUGGAGUUUGUGUGAACUUUGGUGCUCCAUGUGAACAAAACAGUCUUCGCUUAUCUUGUCCUCCUUGCUUCAGUAGUGUCCUCUGACAAAAAAUAAUAUCUCACACUGCUGACUUUUGAUGGUUUAACUUUUUGUUUAUUGUGAAAAUUUUAUGUGGAAAAAUAUCAAAACAGGACUGUUUCCCGAGCUUCUUGGCCGACACCUCCCACCUGCACAAGUUUCAGACAUUACAAUUUACGAUUCAAACACCAUCAAUUUUGUUUCUUACCUUUUUACUUGCUUUUUUUGUAUAAUAAAAUGCAUCAUUAUAAAUUUCAGUCUAUUCGAUAAAUGUCAAAAAUCUCAUCACAGGAGCUUGAACAUCAUGUAAACAUCGUCUUCUUUUCCUCAAAUGGCAUAUGAAUUAAAAUUAUAAAAUUGAAUAUUUAUAAUUAGUUGACUGCAGAGGACAAAAUAUUUGUUAGGCUGCAUCCCAGGUGUGCAAGACAGCAGGCAGGCACCUUCACGCACUUUCACAUUUGUCACCUCAUUUCUGGUAUCAAAAUUAGGGAUGUACCAAUCCGAUAUUCGGAUAUUGGUUCUGUUAUUGAUAAAUUAACUGGAUUGGAUAUCUGAUGAAUGACGCCAAUCAAGGGUUCUGAUCCAGUCUUUUUUUUUCUUCUAAAUAAUAUCAUACACAGCAACACAAUGAUUCUGUCUAUACUUUUGCAAUAAAUGUUUACAUGGAAGUCUUACUUCUUUUUGUUGUGUGCUAAUGUGCAAUUUGUUAAUAAAUAAUAUGAAAGAAAUUUAUAUCUGUGUUAAUUUGUUACCUUCUUUUUUUUUUUUUAACAAGGCUAAUGUCAAGCCUGAAGACUUCACUCACAGGGAAAGAUGUACAGUUCAUUCAUUCAACAGUAGUAUUGCAUCAGUAUCAGAUAUUUUGGCAAAUACACUCAGCCCAGGUAUCGUAUCGAAUUGGAUCGAAAAUUAUGGAUCGGUGCAUCACUAAUCCAAAUGAUAUUAAUUCCAUGGUGCUGUUUUGGGUUUUGGCCCACACUAUCCUCAUCCUUUCGCUCCUGCAAACACAGCCAACCCUAAAAUCUUAACACUGCUCACACAUGGAUGCAACACUCUACAUACAUACACUCUGGCAUUUAUACUGUCCUAUAAAACACUCUCGAGCAAGAUGUGCUGAAGGCCAUCUUUUAAACUUUAAAUGUUAUUCCCAUUACAAUGAUACUGGAACAUUCCUUUAACAUCAAUGGAUAACAAUUAUGAGUUAAACAUACAUGCUGUGGGUUCCCGUCAGUCAUAAGCCCCUAGAAUUGUCCAGACUUUUCUCUCCCAUAUGGUGUCCUUGGAUACAAUUUCAAGUUUUAAAGGUUGGAGAUUUAGACCUAUAGAAGUGCUAAAAAUCAUUUCUUUCUGUUUGUUUAAACAACUCACAGGAGAAACAAAUGCACUUAUGCAUGCAUAUUCACGAACAGUGCAACCCUCAGAGGUACAGUAAUAAAAAAGUGAUGGUAACAUGAGAAGAGCUGCAGCCAGCUGAUGCACCAGUAAAGAAAAGCCUCUAAAACAGUGUAGGCUAAUUGGAUGAAAUCCUAAAAGAUGGUCAUAAUGUAAAUGUAAGAGGUGGGUAAUCUACACUCAAGGAUACUCAGAAUUUGUUUAAUAAAGUGACAGUCAAUGUAAAUAUGGCUUUUAUUUGUUUAUGUGUGUAAAUCCUUUCAUACAUCCAGAUGUAGGGGGCACUACAGAGGAUUCAGGCUGCCCUGGAUUUGGUUUUCCCAGUUUUACGACAUACGAGCGAUGUUGAUACAUGCUACUAAACACAUCACAUAAAAGUCUGCAUGCCUGCUUGACUUUUAUUUUUACUAACUCAGGUUUACUGUCAUUUUCAGUUUGUUCUGUUAGUAUCAGUUAUUGGUGGCUGCACAUAUCUGUUUUGGACCGAGCGCUCGUCUUUUUAAAUCUUUGGUCUUCUUGAGUACUCCCUGUUUUGUAAUACGGGCAGCAUUAAAACCCUUGCUUUGGAAUACUUAUGGUAACAUUGUACAAUACCAAAGCCAAACUUUAAUGAUUUUUUUCCAUCUUUUCUCCUCUUUGAACUUCUAAAUCUGUUUGCGCCACAGAUCAAAACUUUUUCCUCAGGCUCUGAUUAGUUAACUCUGUCACCUGUGUACGAGACAGACUCAGCCUGCCGAUUUAUGAUGCCUGUUCUUGCUCUGUCCUGUUCUAAAUGAUCACAGUUUCCACAUUAACAAGCCAAUUUUUUUUUACGUGCCUGUCUCUGCUACAAAGAAACGUCAAUUGUCUUUGACUGCAAAAGAUCCCAGCCUCUGAAAGUGGAGAUGUUGUUUGAGAUUAAAAAAGACAUUAGGGAUAAGAAUUGCUCUGGGGGAAGACGGUUUCUGAGUGGGUAAAUAUUUGAUCCCGCUGAUCUUGACAGUCUGCCUUGAAAAGCAUUGACACAAUGUGCUGAGGGCAGUGAAAUGAUGCUGCUCCUACACUUUGAUCAGGGCUGAGUUUACUUUUUUUUAACAUGGGUGAUGGAUGAGCUAAAUCUUAUUUUACAGUUGCUGAAAUCAGUGCUGUAGAGUUCUGUAAAUGGCCCGCGGUUGACCCAACUUAUUGGCAGCGUCUGUCCACAGCUGCAUAACAUAUUUUCUCUUUGUGUUCCUCAGCUCCAGCUCUGACCCUCGCCUCAACUGAUUCGCCACAGAGGCAAGGCCACACAGGUAUGCACUGAUUCUCCCACUUUAAAAAGCUGCUUUUAUUUUCUUGUGAAUGAGUGCUUGAUUUCACCGUUAGCCUGCCUGGUUAUCAAUUUUUUUUCUUCUCCCUCUUUCACAGUGUGUAAAUCAGAUGCUGUGAAUCUAAUUGGUCUUUGCUUUAAUUACAUGCAAGAGUGCUGCUCUCUGUGGACCACACUACUGUUUUCCCUGCAGGAUUUGGAGGCUUGUUUAUGCAUGAAUAUGAGUUUUAUUGGUCUGGACAGUGCACUGACGAUAAGUGAGCAGCCAGUGAUCUGCUUUCAGUGCUGCCCAAUCAGGCCUGUAAACAGAGCAGGGUUGGGAGCGAGCUAAUGAAACAGAGACUCGGUCCAUUUUCUGCUGCUUUGAUCCACAUUACAGGCCCUGCUGGACCGCAGAGUGCUCCUUCAAUGUCUUGCCUCCCGCUUAUUCCAACCACAGAGCUAAUUGGUCAGGGUCUCCUUGCUUCGCUUCUGCUGUUUGCGGGACAGUGACCAGAAGAUUAGUGAGCAGCAAGCUGGAUCUGGUACUUUGCAGACUCCUCAAAGAGGUGUACGCUGUUGUGUUUUGAUAUUUGGAUCUUUGUAAGUGAGGCUGCACAUGUGAACAGCGGGACUUUUGGUGCGUAUGCUUGGGUUAGCAUGUAAAAAGGCCUUAUUUUGAGAAGUGGAUGAGAGAAGUGUCAAUCCAAAGCAGGCUGUAUCACAGCGGGCCCGUUAAAGAGCUGGACCGAACUCUGCCGCAUUCUGUCCCGUAACUCAGGCUAUGACUCAGAGGAGCUGUUAGAGAGAUGGAUAAAUCAAAGAGCGGGGUUGUUGAGUUUGGUUUACUCUUCACCACAAAUAUGCUCAGUGUGUUAGCUUCCCAUUGGUGAAUCACAGGGUGAUGGUGGGAAGCAGAAAGGAAGGACAAGAGGGAAAGCAGGCAGUCAGACAGAUAGAUGGACAGUUAACACCUACUGAUAUGGAGGUUACACUAAUUCUGGCCUGAGUGUUUUUGGCAUUUGGACUGGGCCUGAGGAAGGGGAUGUGAAGAGGGGCGCGAGAGAUGAGAGGGAGGCGUGGAGGCAAGUCUGGGUCUGAGUGGAAACUUGAAUGGAGUGGAAACUGGGCUGGAGGCCACUCAGCAGAUCCACCUGAACCCUGCCAGAGCAAUCAGCUAUCAGGCGGUUUGAGAGGGGACCAUUUGCCCCCUAAGUGAAUUCAGUAGGGGUUUGUAGGGAUUUGGCCGCCUUUUUGAGCUCUAAUGCAGGGAUAUUUUGGUAAGUGAAGUCCUCUUGUUUUCUGGAGAGAAAGCCAGAGCCUGUCUGCCUUUUAAUGGGAUCACAGCAGACACCCCAGAAACCACCGCCAGGUGAAGUGAUUCCACUCUCUACUUCCAGCUGUGUAAACACUCUCACAAACACACACAAUCUCCCCCUGCUCACACACACGCAUAGACACAUGUACUAUCACUUCUAAUAAAAUGCUCGCUGGCUCACAUCAGGGGAAAUGCUCCCUUUCCCCUUUUGCUCUCAAAUAAAAACAAGGCUCAUUUUUCUGCCUUUGAGAAACCUCUUGGCCUUGUUAAACACAAUGACUUGCUUGAAAGAUGUAAACAAAUUUAACAAGAGCUGGUUUUGUCCUUUCUCAGGCUGGAAGGGAGAAAGACAUUGUCUUGCCUCUUUCACCUCAUUCUGACUUUGAUUUCAUUCUCAUGUGAAUCUUUUAUUUAGCUUUCUUGUCAACAUUAAUUCUGUUUGUUACCUUUACUCUCCUUGCCUGUAAUUUAGUCUGUCCUGCACCCUUAUUAGACCUUGAUGUAGUGAUAUUUAGAUCUCACAUCAACCUCUUUUCCUGAAUCAAUGCUGAAAAUGUUUAUACUACAAUCGUACAUUAUGAAACUUUGUGAAAUUUUGGCCUCGGUCACUUUUGGAUGCAGCUUCACUCAGCCUGCCUGCAGGGCACGUUUCUGCAAAGAGUGAGGGGAGGAAACGGUCUUAGUGUCCAGGCAGUAGCUGUACUGUUAAAGGCAUUUGGUCUUUCAAACUCCAUUGUUUAUGUAACCAAGAGAAAGUGGAGACUCCCCGAUGGCCCUUUUGAAAAGCAGAUGCCGGAGAUUUUUGCCUCUGCUUUUUAUGGCUUAUUUGCUACCAAGGAGAUUGUGAGAUUUCAUAUGGGACUGAAUCUUUCAUCACUUUGCACGUGUCAGGCAGAAGUUAUCUGCAAACGGGGGCUUUAACUGAUUAUGAGUGUGUGUACAGCCUGUUCUCCGUUCUCUGGAGUUAGACUGGAUGGUUUUAUCAUCUGUCCAAUGUAACACCUUUAAAACUUAUGUGAAGAACAUUUUAACCAAUAGAUCCACUUUUUACAGCAGAAGUCAAACCUCAAGCUGAGGUUCCUCUUCCAUAAAGUUACCCGGACCUGUCAGAAGUGAGAAAGGAGGAAAGAUGAUGGACUAACAAAAGACCUAUUUGCAGACGCUGGCAGACUUAAGUGUUAGACUUAAGUGUCCUAAAAGGCGGGGGAGUAUGAGCAAUGUGAGAAACCACUUGGCAAAUCAUCACCCUGAAAAGAUUAAAGGAGACCGGAGGUAAAAGAAAAAAUAAUAAUCCAGCCAGGUCCAAAGACUGUAAUGUAAGCACUUAUUGCCUAACCUACAAGAUGGUUAGGUUGCCGCUCCCAGAAGGUUAAUGAUCUUAAUGUCCAAUCAGUGUUGGACACAAUGUUGGAUCAAUGUGGCGCUUUUUAUGGGGGUAUUAUCAUUUAUAUGGAAACAUCCCUCGUCUUCAGUUUAUGGCAGGUGUGAGGUUUUCCUUUCAGUCACAUAAUUAACAAAAACACAUGAUAAUAAUAUGCAUAUGCAGCACUAUUAAUAUUAUAAAGGCAGACUUGCCAUACAGAUGUAAAAACACUAAAUGUCAGAACAGUUAAAGUGAAAUUGCAGAUCCAGACUAAUUUUCCAGCUCUGCUGAUGAUUGCGCUGUAUCUCCUCUCAGCUGUUUUCACUUCACCAUCAAGGCUGCCCACGCUGCAGAAAGCCCCUUUCUCAACAAGUCAGUUAGUUUCCUAUUUAGCCUUGGCGGCUAAUUUUUCAUUAAGUAAGGGAAAUAUCCAGAGACUGUUCCACGUGUGAAAUCAGAUGGAUGUGCUUGUCUGGAUGGGACAGCUGAAACAAACACACCCUCAGGUAUUUUUCACUCUAUUAUCUUUUCCUCAGAUGAGCUCAAGUGUCAACAUUAUUUUUAUUACCGUGCUAUCUUAUGUUCGGCCUGUUUCACUGAGGCCUUCGUAUUGUUUGAACAUAUUUUGUGUCAUGUGUGUAGCCAUGUGUGUAGCCAGCUGGAAGGUGAGGUGUUUUUAAUAAAAAUCCAACCAUGCCUUACAGCCGCAGGAUGAAGGUCCAACGUAUGCUGUCAAUCUGACAGGAUUUGAUGCCAAUGCAGGCAAACUGGUCCUCAAAAGAUAUAUUAGCCGUGAAGAGAGUUUUUUUGUGAUGUGUAGAAAUACAAUCCUAGCCCUAUGGCGCAUAACGGGUGUUUUAUCCAGCUGUGAUAUGCUUGUAUUCGUAUUUGGAUGAAGAUUUUGUUUUGGGAGGAUGAUAAUUCUUAAGAAAAAUUGCUCUUCCCCACUGGUGCAUUUCUCGGAAAAACUGGCAAUUUUCUCAGAAACUAUCACGACUAUUAUUCGACCGCUCUGUGACUCAGUGCUACAAUUGUAAUAUUAAAGUUGUCUGUCGAGCACAAAGAAACUUUGAAUAGUGUGAAGGAAUUUGAUUUCCAGCUGGAAUUAAAUAUUUGGUUAUACCACUUAAUUUUGUUUGGACAACUACAAAAGCCCUUUGAGAAAAUAAGUAUGUUUACCGUCCUCAGUUUUCCUGUUAAAUCGUCUCUUCUGAAUUUACCCUUCAGUGGGACUUUUCUCCAUCUCUUUGUUCCGACCUCUUGGGCUUUUUUUUUUUGUCUCUGCAAACCCCUCUAUGGACUCAAGACUGUGCAUUUUGAGACAAGUCGCCAAUCCGAGCCCUCCUGGACUGCAUUAGCUCCUGUGUUAGCUCAGAGCUCAGCGUUAUUGAAAGAGUCUGGGCUGCAGCCUCAUCUGUUUGCUCAGCUGGAUGACUCAAGCGUCCCCCGAGGAUCAGUCAGCUGCUGUCCCUCUGGAUGUGCCACCAAACAUUCACCACUGCUGUGGUCCCUGCCUGGUCCACAUACAUGAAAUAGUGUGGGGGUUUACGGGAAUAUAAACUGGCUGCGUCAUACAUAAAUCUGUUUUAUGCACGGGAAUAGAUGGAGGGAACCUGAUGUGACACACAGCUCAUGGUAUAAUGUAGUCUAUGUCAUUGGGUGUAAAUUUAUGUGCUGGUGUUCUCACUUGGUUUUAUGUUGGGCUGGCUAUCAAACUUUAUUGGUCACUUUAACUGCUUCUGAGGACAAACAUCUCAAGGGUGUUGAUUUUGCAAAGAGACAUGACAUAUGUCACAUUUUUGUGUUGUUCACUAAUUUGUUUUUUAUCCUAAUUUGAAGGUAAAUUGAUGUAAUUUCACGUGAAUUUUAGAGGUUAAAAGUUCUGGUACAGUUUGGUUUGUCAAACGUGUAGAGGACCUUUUCUUGCUUGAAGUUCUCUUUUUGGAGAAUAUUUAAAGACCCACUCCGAUGAAAAUCAUGUUUUUCCUGUUGUCUACAUGUUCAUAUGGCAUUUUUCUGAUACUAGAGGACAUAUGAGGAAAAGAAAUGCGAAAUGGCAUUUCUGAGUAUUCAUCUAUUCAAAUAACUGAGUCUCUGGCAGACCCAAAUUGCAGACUCAGACACAGUAAGAUUUCCUACGUAACCAAUCCAAGCUCUGCCCCCCGAGCCCCACUAUGCAGGCCAGGCUUGGAGAAAUAAAGAGAACUAUCAUGAAACAAGCAUCUGCGAUUUCUGACGUUGUUUUAGAUGUUUGUAAUAUCAGGAGCAAUGUUAGCCGAUUGUUUGUUUUGCCGAUUCGUGCAGUUUACAGCUCAACAGCUCUAGUAAACAAAUAAGAAAUGUCCCGCUUUCUGUCCCAAGGCUGCGCGCGCAUACCUGCGAUGACGCUGCACAGAAACUUCUGAUGAUCAAACUUACUUUAUUUUCAACAGCAAAAGGCAAAUGUGAAAAAUAUGAGUUCGAUUGUAGGCUUGGAGAAAAUGCAUCUUACACUGCUAAAAGCUAAUUUUACAGAAAGCUUUGAUUUAUUGAUCAGAACAAGAGAUGGUUUAAAUGUUAGUAAAAGCACUUGUAUGUUUCAGCCCUAGAAAGAAGGGUGUAAAAAUGUCAAAUGACUCCCAGCUCUGGUUUUAUGUGGUAUAUGACCCGUAAAAAUGAUGUGGAUAUUAGGGUGGCGAGAAGUUUUAUCUGACUUCAAAAUUUUGGGUAUUUGUUCUGCCAGCUGAUCCCCUCUCCGCUGACUUUUGAGGCUCCACAAUGACCUUCUGUCUGGCUGGCUGACUGGAUUAGUGGUGCAGAGAGCUGAGAGGCAGCUGAGUGAUAUACUGUGUGUGUAAAAGUAAAGGGCGUUAUGUAGAACAUAAGCCAGAAGCAGUAAAAGCCACAAUAUAUCUGGAAGGACGUGUCUUUUCUACAGCACAUCUAUCCUUGGUCUUAGUGGUGUGCAAGUGUUUCUGUGUGUUUAUAUAUGUGUGUGUGUGUAUGUGUGUCCCAAUUCCCCAAACUGGAGCCUGGCCUCACAGAGAGACCCCAUGAGCUGAUUUAUGUUUAGAUUUCAUUCCAUUCAUUCUGUAAUGUUGGGUAGGUUUCAGCAGGAACUGUUGACCACUAAAUCACCCAAUAAAAUGUGUGUCAUAUGUGGCUGACAAUGCGAGCUACAUGUUAUUAACUAUACAUCAUGGUUACUCAAAGUCCUCCUGCGCUGAGCAGCACUGGCAGAAAACCUAGAGGGUAGAAACAUGCAUGAAGUGAAACAUGCCUGUGACUUCAAGUUUGUUUGCCCUAUAGCGCACAUAUUUGACUCUGUGUGUGUGUGUGUAUGUGAGGCAGAAAACCAUGCAGCGGUAGCCUAAUUUGUAGAGAUAGUGGCAUCAUUAAACUGAGUCUGAGUAAUGGAGACUAAUGUGGGAUUAGGAAGACCUAAUGGCCUGCUCUCGUCUGGAAUGCUUCGGCAGCAGCUCUCGGCGUGGAAAAUGGAGUGAUAUGGAAUAUCUUUUGACAAGCCUUCAUUCAUUUUCAUAAAUGGAUGCUAAUGGGGAAAAAUAUAGAAGAAGGGCUCAGCUGUGGAAAAAGAGCACAAGGUCAAGGAAAGCUGUAUGAGUUAUUAUGUUUGGUGUCCAAAAGGAUAUGUUGGUGAUCUUCAUGGCUUUAGAAAAAGUGGCGUGCCAUUUUUGAAGUCUUGUAUUAGCUAAUGUUUUCAGCAGCUUUUGACAAAUACUUUUGUGUUUCUAAGCAGAAGUGGGAGUCUUGUUGAUUGUCUAUCCCAGCCACACUACCACUAAUGGAGGUGUUGGAUUUACAGCUCCUGUGGGGAGAUUUCUGACAUUUAUGAAACAGGCUGAAAUUUAUUUUGAAGCAAACAAGAAUUUAAGAAAUUAUAUUGAUGAUGCUUGUAUCGUCAUCGCCUGAAACUUGUGCGGUAAAGUAGGUGUGAGCCAAGCCGCUGGAGGAACAGCCCUGUUUUUACUCUUUUCACAUAAAAAUUUUCAUAAUAAACAUGAACUUGGCUGUCGAAAGUCAACAAUAUGAGACCUAUCUUGAGCCACAUUGUUCCUUGUCCUAAUCCGGCUUUAAUUACUGGGAGGUGGGAGUGCUUAUUGAUGCUCGACUGGCUCCAUUGCUUCUCUCAAUAAGUUGCUCAGCUCAGUCUGUCACACUUUAAAAGUAUUGACUGUAUAUAAAUCAGAUAGAGUAAACAACACCCUCAUUUUCUUUCAUUGUGAGGCAUGAUGAAAAAAAAUUACCUCAAUAGGCGGUAGUUUAUUUUGCCAAGACAUGUGCAGAGGUGAUCUGGCUGGUAGAGCUAGGGGGGCGACGUCACACCCUUUCUGCUAAUCAAAACACAAACACUUAACUCAGUGAUACUAUGUCCAGCAGAACUAAUUCUUGUGUUUAUCUGAAGCCGACACCUUUAGCCAUGGAAGUUUUAAUAACUCUUGUGUUUGUGUUUUCUUUCGCCGUUCCUCCUCUGCUGCUUUUGUUCCAUACAGAGUGCUGUUCAAGCCCUCAUUUGUCCACAGGGAUGUCAAUAAAUCAACUUUUUAUAAUCAAAUAACUAAAUUAUUAGGGGUGGGAGAAAAAAAUCAAUUCACAUAAGUAUUGACAUUUUUUGUUUUACAACUUUUAAAUCGAUUUUUUGUUCAAAAAUCUUUUUCUUUCCAAAUGUAAGAAAAAAUCUAAAAAACUGACUUCAAUUUGGUGUUUAAUUUUUGGGGAAGUAUAGUUCCUGGAAUAGUCAGUAGACAAACAUAAUCAUUCAACUGUUUCAUUGGUGUUAGAAACGCAGACUAAGAAUCGAGAAAAUCAACAAUACCUUAGAAUCGCAAUUUAAAUCGAAUCGGCAUCCAAAAAAUAGUAGAAGAAUCGAUUCGGAAGAAAAGCAUAUCGUCCCAGCCUUAUAAAUUAUACACAACUUUUUAGGAUAAGUCAAAACAUGUUGAAGAAAAAUUCAUCCUGGAUUUUUUUUUAAAAUCACAGUUUGACGCUGGUUUCAUCUGUUACAUGGGGGAGGUGGGAUAAUGACUUAAACUUUAAAGCUCUAAAACUUUUGUCCUCACAGUCAGUUACUACCUAUGGUGUCCCUUUUAUUAGACAAUCUAGGCCCUAAAACUUCUUCACUUGGUGGUCUCUCAUGUACCAACAACCUCUGUGGUUUUCAGCCGGCUUAGCUAACCAAGAAAACAAUCAAAAUUGGGGAAAGUCACAGUGGAAAUUAGAUUUUGAAAAAUGACUUUAAUCAGUGCAAAAGUUUCAGACUCGUAUCUUUUCAAAUAAAGUCCACUCGAUUUUGGUUUCAGCAGCGAGACACAAACUUGUGAAAUACAAUAAACAUACCACAGGUACUCCCUGCAACUUUUCUGAAAUCACCAAUCACUGAGGUCUCUUAGACUUGACAAAAAGUCAAAUAAUGGCAGUUUGUUUGUGCUGUCCUUUACUAGUGUGACCUCCAUCAGACAUAUUGACAGGCUUGAAUUAUGAAUGUCGUGCAGGUCUAAAACUGCACAGAUUUACUUUUUCCACAAUGACGCCAUAGUGGUCUGCGCAGAAGAUUAGACGUGCCUCUAGCUUCACUUAAACAGCAGUCACUGAUCAUUUCCUCGACUGAGUGAGUGGGUGAGUGGGUGGGGGAUGGUGGCAGAAAGUGAAGAACCAUUCUGUGUUUUCUAGGAAUUAAACUUCUGGAAAAGAACUUGCACUGCACCCCCAUCUCCAACCCACCCCCACAGCUGGGAGUCCCUCCGUGGUCUGCCUCGGCCCCCAUACUGAGACCACUGGAUGCCUCUAUCAAUGGAGCUCUCUUCUCCAGCCUUCAGUCACUUUGCAUUUCUAUAUCUGCUUCCUCUUCUCCCCUCUCCUUGCCGAUUUUCACCCUACCUUCAUCGUUUGAGGGGAAGUUUUCAAGAAAGACUGGACCAUUUUUCAAAAUGAAAACUUAAAGAAGUGAACCUCUAACGGUUAAUCAGUAAAGCAGUCUGUUUUUCGGGAUUGGGGGUUUUCAUUUUCAACUUGUUUUUUCUGCAUGAGCUCAGUCUGUUUUUAUUGUAGGAUUUCUUUUUGAGGGUGUUUCAAACCCAAUUUGAUCAAACUUUGACUUAACAUGAUUGACAACGGGAUGAAAAUCGUAGCAGAGUUACGACACACUGCUAGGUAUGUGACGCGGUGAAAGAUUCAGUUAAUAAGGCAUCUUGAACAAUAAAUUACAAACGUACCACAGUAAAAGACUCAUUAUUUGACAAGUCUAUCAUACUUGACACAAUAUAAAAUGCAACACCACUCAAAGGUAUUUGAUUUGGAGUUAAGCUGAAAGCCAUUCAUAAAUGUACACCCAUGGAUUUUUACAUCAUCAGGAUUUUACCCGCUCCAUUUCCAGCCCCAGGUCUGGCUUCAGACAUCGAUAUGACUGGAACUGUUAUGUCAACUAAUAAAACAACUCAAGGAUUUAUUUUUGAAGCUAUUUCCUACAGAGCUCUGGUUAUUUCUUCUCUGCUGCCAUGUCUACUGACAUCUUAUAGGAAUGGAAAACAAACAGUGUGUGUGUAGAUAAGGGUGGGAGUGUGUCUGUAGGGGUUUGAAUCUGAUGCUCUUUGCUCCAGUAGUACUGCUUAGAUUUAAAGAGCUGACUGAUACAUAGCAUAUAAUUCUGUGUGUAGUCCCUUACUGUCACUUUAUCUUAAGUUCCUAGAUUUAGUGAGUUAAUUUGCUAAAUCUACAGAAAGUUCCCUUAAACUCUCAUGUUGUCAGAUUAUUAUAACGUGUGGCCUCGGGAAGUUUUGCCAGUUUUUGAUUUACAGCCUAAAGGAAGCAUGUGCUUAUUUCUCCUUCCUCAGUUAUUCUUUAUAAUAUUUUGCGGAUUAGCUCCAUAUCUGUCAAGAGAAAAGGUUACUGGGCCUGCUGAUGAAGCUUAAUUUAAUCUGUGCAGCCUCAAAGCCUCUGCAAGUGCAAAUAAUUGCCAUAGUGCAACUUUUUCCCCUUCUCUUUAAAAUGUUUGCGAAAACAGUGACUAUUAACAAGUUACUUUGAAUGCUAAUUUUACUUUAUUUUUCAAAUUUCCUUCACUUAUCUGGGUCUGGGUCAUGGGGGCAGCGGUCUCAGCAAGUCAACCCAGACCUUCCUCACCUUCUAGCUCCUUCCAAAGGCGUUCCAAAACCAGAUAGGAUAUCUUUAUAUAAAUAAUCCCUCCAUCAAGCUCUGGGCCUACCACAAGGUCUCCCCCCACUGGCUCUGACACCUUCACAGGUAGAUGUCCCAAAGGCGUCCUUAUCAUCCGUCUAAACCACUUCAGCGGACUCUAGCAGUGGCUCUAUCUGGAUGUCCAAACUUUAAAGCCUAUCUUCAAGGCUGAGCCCAGACACCCUUCUGAGGACACUCAUUUCAGCCUUCAUGUGGUGUUGGAUUCACCACAAAAACAGUUUUCUGAGAUGGGAAUUGCACUGGAAUGUAGGGGUGGGAAUCACUAGUUGCCCCACGAUACGAUAUUAUCACGAUACUUGGGCCACAAUACGAUAUUAUUACAAUUUUGAACAUUUCGCAAUACAGUGAGUAUUGUGAUACAAUAUACGAGAUUUAUACAAUUUUUUCAACUGUUUAGCUAAUUAAGCAUUUAGCUUUCCUUUAUGUUUGUCUUAUUAACGCUGUAUUUUAUUUUCAUGUAGCACAUCUUGCAAACCUUAUAUAUAUUUGUUGUACUAACUUUCUCCUGCUCUAUGAUGUCACCUCUGCCAACCUCACUGGACAAACAGUUGAUUUUAUUUUUCCAGUAUUAUAGAUUUGACUUCAUACUAACAAUUAAUUUGGGAAAAAUCGAUACUUGGUAAAUGAGACGAUACAAUAUAUCACCAGACAAGAUAUCGCAAUACUAUGCUGUAUCGUUUUUUUUCUCCCACCCCUACUGGAAUACAUGCUUAAUCUGUAACAUUUAUCAUUAUGACUAUGUUUUGCUAUUGUAUCAAAACUUUUUGGCUAAUUCGUUUUUUUCUCAACUAUAUUUUGCAAUAUGUGUAUGUAAUUUGUACCAACACUAGUUUAGUAUUAACUCUUAAGAAACCAGCAGCAAAAAAGCUCCCUGUUUUCAGAGGUAGUAGUUCAAAUGUCUUAGAUGAGAAAAUGGCAGCACACAACAAUUCAUGAUCUUUGACCUCCUCCAACCUAACUCAUCUCUUAUAAAAAAUAAAUAAAUGAAAAAUUUUCCCAACUCCGAGGGGGCUCACAUUCAGCUGAUGUCAUGUUGCAUGAUUUCUGCUGAUAGUCUAGUUGAAUCAUUUCAUUAUAGCAGCCAGAUAUAGAAACCUGGGGAUUAAGUGUCUUCUCCUCGGUGACCAACACACUGACACGGACGGUCCCCGCUGAGUUGUGAUGGAGACAUGCUUCCCAGGCAUUGUUUAAGAGAUUUACAGAUGCUUUGUAAACUCAUCAGGAAAUAAUCCAUCGGGGAUCAGAGAAAUAUUUUAACUGUCACAGAAUUUUCCAGUAUUAAGUAAAGAUAAGACUUAUUACUUUCUUAUAUGGGAGAUCAGUACUACAUAGUUACACUGCUUACUAUGAAACACAUGUACACAUAUACAUAUUACAGUACUCAGAUAUGUAACUGUCUCUGUGUUAGGGGGGAUAAGGGGAUACUGAUCUGAUCGACAGCCCUGCCACAUGGCUCUUGUUGUCUUGUUUGGACUGUCAGGGGGGACAGUCUGGGCAGUCUGGGCUGCUGGCUGUCAUAUCUCUCACUUUCUUUUUGUGAUGAUCAACACUUUUCUGUUUGUGUUUCUGUUUUUCGUUUGCAUGCAGAUUAGAUUCAAACCAGACAAGUGGAUUUCUGUUUAUUGCACAUUUUGUCCAGAUCUUAUCUGCUCCUUCCACCACGACGACAGAGCUGCUCCGUGUCUCUUCCCCAGCCCUCCCCCUCAUGUAGGCACAGAAGGACUGAUGUUAAUAAUUUGACUGCUGGAUCCUGUCCCGUAGGCCCAUAUGGUUUCACUGGGAUGGAUCAGGAUUAUUAAUCGUGCUCUGUUGCCUGUGAAAAAUGAAUGUGAUACUUCUAUUGUAUUACAGCAGGCUUUGGUGAGUGAAAUGUCUUGAACACUUCGUCUGGAUAACAGCACCAGGUUGUUUCCUGAAUAUAAAGAGUCAUCAGGUAAUAAUAGUCUCUCCAACCCUUUGUUGGGCCUUGGCAGCGACUGAACAGGAUACAUGAUAUGACGGGUUAAAUGUUUGUUUGAAUGUACGCACUGCGCCACAGCAUCCAAGGUCUUAAAUCACUGCAUUGUCAGAAUUUUCCUAAAACAUUCAAAGACAAAUAGACCCACAUUUCAUUUGUUUUACCUCCGAAUAACGCAAUUGACAUAUAAAUUGAUUAGUUUAUUUAAUUGUGGGCAUCUGUUCACUUGGAUCCUUACAUCAGUUUCUGACUGAUUCCAGUUUGGCUCUCACACCAGAGUUCAGCCGCUCUUUGAGCCAAGAGCUUCUAUCAAAGGCAGUUGUAUAAAUAGAUAAAGCUAGGAUAUCCUCCAGUUAUAACACUGAGGCAUUUGAUUGGCUGUGAUAGACUAAUUACAUCAACGUGAUUGGCCCACAAUCUGAGAAGCGUGCCCUGAAGUCUGCGAACAGCCUCUACCCAUUUCCCCUUUGCUUUGCUGGGCUGUCAGUGCCCCGUGUGAUUAGUAUGUGUGAGAACGUAUGUUUCUGACAGGCCCUUUUUCACUUUUACCAAGUAGUGUGGCUCAUUUUAUGCCAGAAACAUCCAAAUAUUUUUACAUAUCUUUCGGCAUUAAUACAUGUUAUAACAUAAACUAAAACAGGUUGCUGUUUAGCCUGAGGAUAUCCGUAACUUUGAUUUGUAGACUCUCUGACCACUUGUGGCACAUUUUGUGAAAUUGGCCUGGAAGUAAAAAAGAAAACGCGUUUAUUGUGUUUUCAGACCUCACUGACACAAAAAUGUGUUGGUGGGAAACAUUGGAUGAAAUCAUAUCGAGUUUUUACAAGACAAAUUAAUUUGGAACUUUCAAAUAUCAGAUCUUGUGAUAACAGAUGCAGUCAUGGAAACAGGAUUCAGAACCACAUGAGCCAAAAAAACAGAUAAACAAUUCAACUAAGUUAAUAAAAAAUUGAGAAAUAGCUUUUGAGUUGACUCAUUGUUGCAAAUCUUUGAGAUGGACCUUUCCUGCAACAUCAGCAUUUUUGAAGUAAUGUUGCAGCUUUUAUUUGGUUUCAUCAAGACUGUGUAUCUCUAAUGUUUGGCAUACUGGACUUAUAAUGUGCAUUGUACGGUAUUAUAUAAUGUCUGACAGAGUGGACUUGGUCAAUAGGGGGUAUACUAUCUUGCACCACUAUCCUGUAGACAAACUCGUAACAUGUUUUUCUAUUUAGUGAGAGGCUGCAUGACGUUCAAUUGCUGGAAGAAGAAAAAGAGAGUAGCUGUACAAAAAAUUAAACAGUAUCGGGGACUUUUCUUUGUGGUAAAAACCUUGACAAAUAGUGGAUCUUACUUGUCGUUCUUCAUCUGAGCUUUUUGUUCUCGAAGUUCAACAUCCCUUUACCGAUGGGAACGAUGGGCAAGGGAGUUUUUCACUCUCAAUAUUCCCAUUUGUACUCACUGUACAUUUAAGCAGCAUGUGAAAAAUCCCGCUGAGGACGGCCCGCUUCAGCAGCCAGUUUUGGUGUUUUUUUUACUGUCUAUCAAACCCUUCACACCAAAGGUACGUCACUCAGUUACCCGUUUGUGCUUCUUCUUAGAGAAACUGCUUCUUUCAGGGAUGGCUUCACUUCUAUAAUGUGAUUUAGUUAUCUUGCUGACAGUGCAUCACAUUUAUUUAUUUUUUCUUGCGAGAACAUGUCACUGUCAAACUCAGUGCUUAUCUUUUUAUUGCCAGGCCCACCGUGGUUUAAAGUCUGUUUUUCAUUUGCAGGCUUAAAGGCUUGUUUUUCCCUUUCGGAGCAUGCUCUUUUCAUCAGUGGGCCUCCUGCGGACACACACAUAACCUGUGCUGACUACUGUAUAGAGGUUGCACAGGUCUUUAAACUCUUUUCCCCCCCUGACGUCAUGCUUUUUGGUUGUGACAAGUAGCAGUCCCUCUUCCCAGCAGAGCUAUAGAGCACGCUAGCCGGAGUGAGGUCACCACAGUAAAACAACACAGAAAGUUUCCUAAGGUCGUAAAAGCUGGCCGCUGAGUGUUUGGAGCACUACAGGAAUACGUCCUGGAUAAUUGGCGGGAUAAUUUCCGUAGCGGCAGCUGAGGUCAGGCCUGGGCCUCCUUCCCCCGCUGUCCACAGUCCACACAUCCAGUCUGAGCCCCUCAUCUGCCCUUCCUCCAUCGCCAUAACAUCUCGUCUAAUUGCAGUUUUUCCCUUUGACGCCACAAUUUGCCCCAACUUUUGGCCGCACUCACCUCAUGUGUAGCCAUUCUGGUCUGUAAUAGUGUUCUCCCGUGGAGAUACGGCUGCUUCUGUGAGAUAAUGUCGUCUCACCGGCUGUUUGAGAGGUGAUUUCAGGACUGACCUCUUUUCCUACGAUGGGACUUUUGACCUGGAAUGUUUUAAUGAGCAAAAUGAAAACAAGCAUAAAAACAUCCACAGAUUGGAGAUGGUUCACACAGUUUAGAGCCGCCGUGAUAACGAUCUGCACUCCUCAUUUACAUAAUCACUAGACUUUGAAUCAAACAGUUUGUGAAAAUUCUUUAUAAUUAAAAGGUGAGAAGAAUAUUUCUGUGCAAUGUUGGUGAAAGAUUUUCAAAAACUUCAAUAUUAUCGUCUUAAUACAGGUAUAAGCAGAUACAAAAAGCUCUAUCCUGAUAAGAUGAUGCAUCCAACACUGAGCCUCAAUACACCAGCUGUCUUAAGUAUUUUGAAGUAUCUGCAACAGACUUGCAAAACAACCCUCCUUUUCACACUGAUUUUAUUGUUUAUCUGUAGAAGAGUCUUCCUGAACAGCACAGAGCCUUUCUGAAAAGAAAAGGAAAAGGGUCAGCUCUGGUAAAAACUCAGUAACAGCAGUUACUUCAGAAAUUCAGCCAAGCAGCGACAGUUUUCUCAGAGCUUAAUAAAAAAGAAUAACUGAAUUGAUUGCUUUCAAUAAUCAGCCUGUCAUCCUAGUGGAAGAUAUGAGCUUCUGCAGGUUAAUGAUGUGCUGAAAGCCUCAUUUGUCAGACCGGAGUUAUUUCAGUUCAGAUGUGGCCGUACCUGAACUGCAAAGCUUCAUCUUCAGUAAGGUAGAGAAACUCCUCACUUAUAAGAGCUGUCAGUUUUUCCAAAAUCAGCUUCGAAAGAUUAUCGAACAUAGCGUGCAAAUUGGGGGUGGUAGAAAUAAUUGAUACAACAUAGUCUCACGAUAUUUUGUCUGGUGAUAUAUCGUAUCGUCUCAUUUACCGAGUAUUAAUUUUUUCAAAUUAAUUGUUAAUAUGAAGUCAAAUCUAUGAUAAUGGAAAAAUAUAAUCAACAGUUCGUCCAGUGAGGUUGGCAGAGGUGAUAACAUAGAGCAGGAGAAAGUUAGUACAACAAAUACAGCAGCACCUGGGGAAAGGUAUUAGGACGGCAAGCAGGGCACAGAUGAGAUGGACCUGACACAUAAGGUUUGCAAAAUGUGCUACAUGAAAAUAAAUACUGUGUAAAUAAGACAAACAUCAAGAACAGCCAAAUGCUAAAUUAGCUUAACAGUUGAAAAAUUGUAUAAAUCACAAUAUAUUGUGUUACAAUAGUCACUGUAUUGCAAAAUGUUAAAAAUCGCAAUAAUAUCAUCUUGUUGCCCAAGUAUCGUGAUAAUAUUGUAUUGUGGGACCUCUGGUGAUUCCCAACUCAAGUGCAAAUCUUAAGAUACUUUUGGAUUUUGUGAUCUUACCUGGUUUGCGUGAAAACAGAAAAUCAUAUAGGGUUGAACACUUGAUGUUGCACUGCUUGACGGUGGUGCCUCCUCUAACACUGCCGCUUUAUGUGGAUGUUGAUCUAUCAGGUGAGCUUGCAGAUCUGUCGUUGUUGAUGACUAAGACAUCAACUUUUUGCAAAGUUAACAUACAGCCCUAUCUUGGUCUUUUAUUUCUCCUCAUAGACCAAAAAAAUACUUCCACACAGCGCUUCUCAGACGUCUCUGAUGUGAUUGUCCCCUCAGUGCGGCUUUUCUUGACCAUGUCCUCCAUUUUUGUAGAAUAACAUCACUGUAUUAGUUUAUUGAGGGCCAGGAGUGCUUGGAUUGGCCAGGUUACUAUGACAAAGCUCUCUGCUGGAUCAUAAGGCAUAAUUCAGAGGCUGUACUUGCUGGUGCACUGUAUUAUUAUGAGUUCAAAUGGCUCAUUACAGUUCAAUAUGAACUUUUCACCCAGAGUUUGAAUUCAGAGUCGAUGUAGCAGGUUAAUGGUUCUCUUUUUACAAGUACCGGCUUAACUGUUUCCCUCCUUGCUCUUCCUGUGUGUCUCUGUAUUUUGUGCUACUAAAUCCUAAUCUUUUCUUCAAGAUGUUUUUACUCAUCUUUAUUUGAGCUCAUCUUACAGCGUCAGCUUCAGUGUUCCCAGUCGAGGCCUGGCCAGCUCAGCGUGUUGGAGACCGGCUCUGUGGGUGGGAGGCAGUUGCAUGCGAGGCACACUCUAGGCCGCGUGCUGUUGGCUUUUCUCCCCUUUAAACCUCUGUAGUUUUUCUCCUUUCGCUCACUCCAUUUUUCUCCUUUUUCCUCCCCUUUUUCUCGCAGUUCCUGUGGCGGGGGGAAAAUCUUACGGUGCGGUUUAUUUGUUCUGGUUUGGUGUCGGUUCUCACAUGUCCUUGGCAGAAUUUCGUACCUCCAUGACAGUAGCCUGGAUAGCAAGGGAUUAUCAUGAUAUCAUGUGCACGUGUAGGUCGGUCUAGCUGCUCACACUGAUGCCAUGGUGGGACCGCUCGCUUCGAGCACAGAGAAGUAUAUUCAUGCAGUGUGUGAUAGAGCCCGCUAUUGUUAACGUUGGAGCACCAAAGUGUGCGACUGCCAGUGCGUUUCCCUGCAACAGCACUUUAGUGUCCAGCAUCUAGAGACUCAUCUUUCUCCUCACCUCAUGUGUAUCUGUCUUGUUUAUGUUCCUCCUCUGGGAGAAACCACGCUGGCCUACAAUUCAACUGGUGAUUUGAGGGAAAUGAAUGAGGGGAUUUAAAAUGAGGGAAGGGCUAUGGAGGAUAGGGAAGAAUGGGGGGUUAAGUGAAAGGCAGAGUGGGAGCUGAGCUGUUUCCAUCUACUAAUCCUAAAUUGCAGCCACUGGAAGACAGCGAUCUCCUCCUCACAUGUGUUCGCCAUUAAUCCAGUGGCGGUGAGAGAAGGCCUGUUUUCACCAGAAGAGAAAGAUGAGAUGGGAGAGAAAGUGCCCCCAACCCUCAUAUUAUUCACACCGUAUUUAUGUUCAUCACGUGUGUCCGUGUGCGUGUGUGUGUGUUCAUGAAUAUGAUUCUCUUACUAUUCCUGAUAGGAACAAGAGCAUCUGUAUUUCCAUGCACAACAAAUCACUGAUUUUAAAACACUGAAUGAAUGAUGUUCAACUAAAAUAUGGAGGCAGAGUAAAGGCGUUCUUCGGCGAGGAGAAAAACUGAAGUAAUGUGAUUACAGAUGAAGCAAAGUUCGCUGAGGACAAACCAUAAUGGAGUUCAGUUUUCUGCUGUUGAGAGAAACAAACUUGAGUGUAUUAUUGGUAAAUAGAGGUGGUUGAGUCAUUCUCUUUUCUUUCCAACCACGAUUGGAGAUUAGAUAUUCCAUUUCAUGUCCACAAAUAUGCUCUGUUUUUAAUUAAAGGGCCAUCCAUUUGUUGCUUAGGUCAGCAAAAGCUUUGACACAUUGGAUCCAUUUAGCGCAUAAUAAACGUGACCUUGUCCUGCCCCUUUUUCUCCAUUUUCUUCUCUCAGUCUCACCAAAAAGGACAUAAAAGUGAGGAUUUAUGCUUUUCUUUGUAACUUUCUAAGAUUAUUCUCUCCCCAGACUUUGUCUGUUCUCCUCUCUUUUCAUGCUGUUGUGUGUUGCCAUAUCCAGCCAUAUGACUUGUGCUGUGAGCAGGAGAAAGUGCAGGGGACCCAGGACGUGUUGACAUGCAGCUCCUCCUUGUGAUGUAUGGGAUGGAUAUAGAACAGGGGGAGAGGGAUGCGAGCUUCGUUCUUAUGCUCGGGAGGUACAUAAAACAUAUUACAGAAGGGCCGUAAAAAGAGCCAACAUUAGUGUCCAAAUUUAAAACACGUCCCAGGUCUCAGCUGUCAUUUGCGAGGGGAAUAAUAGAACAACAGAGAAGAGGAAACUGGCAGACAGUCGUUCCCAACAUGCAGACUUUGUUAGUCUGAGACAUUGUGUUCAGAGUUUUGGUGGAGUCUUUUUACAUUGAAUUUAACAGGUACCAUACAAAAACAAAGAGAGGAGUCAAUAUGAUUACACUGUUGCAUUAAUUUUAGUCAUUUUCAAGAGUCAACAAAGAGCAUCUUUAUCCACUUAGUGCUUGUCUUUAGUCAUGCUGAAGGUCCUCAGGUAAAUCUUGUGGAUUUUGUGAUAUCUUAAGACUGCUGCUGCAGAGUGUUUCUGAAAAUCAAUGGACCUGUCAGUGAUUUCCCUUGAACUACUAUAAUUCUAUGAUUUUUAAAACAUGGUUUUAUUAGUAUGACAGUAUUUUGACUGUAGGAAGUUGUUGCUGGAAUGACUCAUACGGUCAAGUUUGAUCAUUUUGAUGCUUUUAAAAAACACAAUCAUUGUCCCUGUUCAUCGUACCGCUGAGGGCCGCUUUGAAUGUAAACAUUUAACACUCUCAGCUGUAAUCCUCCCUACAUGUCUGGUUUAUUUUGUGUGAACUGGUCCUUAAAAAAAUGAAUGAAAGCUUGUUACAUGCUGGCAUGAUAUGAAUGCGGCAGUGCUCUCCGUUUCUUGUGUAUUUAAAGUGUCAUUUUGAGUUUGCUGUAUGUACAUACAUAUUUAGAUUGUGUCCAUGUCAAUAAGGAUGUGUGUUAAAAGAAAACUUUGGCUUUGCCACAAUCAUUAACAUUAAUGAUCCUUAAUGAUGUAGAGGACAUUAUACAUCUGUAUUUUUACACACUACAAAUUCAACACCUAAAGUGCGGUGCCUUCCUGAUCAUCAAACCCCACAUUCAGCCUCUCUGCAGCCCAAUGAAAGAGCCGUAUAGACACUGAAUAUCCAGCAGGGCAGGUAGCUUCAGGUAGCAAUCCAAAUAUACAGAGGUAUUCUCAAACAACGCAGGCCUGCCAAAUACAACACCCCACUAUUUAUUUAUGUAUUUAUCUGGAUUUCCUGUAUACUUGUUGAGAUGUUGGGUGCUGUGGGCCAUGCUAUCUAAGGCCCGUUUGACAUGGGUUUGCUAGCCCUGGCCAGGCUACACGGUGUUGCGUUAAGGCUGGGUUAUUUAUCCUGGGGACUCAUAAUGAUGCUGCUGUCCCUGGUCCCUGAGACGGCUCUGUUCUCUCAGUCCCAUUCAGUCCUUCAUACGGCGCUGGCCCUGGCCCCCACUGCUGCUCCCACCAGAUAUCCUGCUCUGGAUCCAUGAAUGCAUAGAUUUACGUGUAUGUUAGUGAUCUCAGUAACACUAAAUAUUUGUAGUGCUUUCCUUGUACAUGGUAGCUGGUUGGAAGAAUUAGUUUGAUAUGUUGUUAAUAGGUCAUGUGUUAUCAUUCAGAAACAAUUACGGUGAUAUCGGUGUUGUGAGGGCCAAUACCGUUAUGUUGCUAUCAUGUCAUAUUGCCAAUAAUUAACCCAAUUAAUGCUAAUCUAUACAUUGCACUUACCACAAAAGAGACACAAAACACACAUGAGGUGCUGGACUUGCUUUAUCAGUGUUGACAUUAACAACGUGGUGUAAAGGGUUCUUGCGUAUCAUAUCAUCCAGCUGAUUUCUUCUGUCACAGAAAACCAGCAUUAUUAUUCUGAGAUAGCUUCACAAAUGAGAUCUGACUUAUAAUAACAGGAAAAACUGAGUAUAUGGACCAUAUACUGUCUGCCCUGGGCUUCUGAAUUACAGUCAUGAAUUUGUACUAGAAGUUGUCUUGAGAAGCACAGACUUUCGCUAACAGUUUAAGAAUAUGGUAGACUGGUCAAAAGCUAACAGUAAACUAGCAAAGUGAGAAAAGAAGCUAAAAAGUGAAGGACUGAGUGUUCUGAUUAUAGGAACUGAGCUGGAGGAGGAGCAUUAACUGUAUAUAUGGUUUGACAUUAAUAUCAAGGGACAAAUCCAUCAGUUUCAAACUGAUAUAUUCCUUAAGGUAGCGCAGUCAUAUUCGCUGUAGCCUCACUGCAGAGUUAAGCUCAGGUAUUCUUGUGAUCAGCCGUUGAAUAAACAGCAGUGACCUCUAAGCAACAAAAUCAGACCCUGAGAAAAACAAGGGGAGUCAAAUCUUUUGGGACCUCUUAAUGAACAAUAGCUCUUUGUCGCAGCAGGAAUACAAAGUUGUCAAACGUGUGUAUAACUAACUCAUUAAUAAUUGCCUCCUUCAGUGCCAGUGAGUCUUUCAGUAAGCCAGCAUGCAUAAUGUCACGGCCCUGGGACUGGGACACCUGAUUGUACUGCAGCCGUUACUAAUGUUACUAGACCUCUGUGAGCUUUCCUUCAACAACCAGUCCAAACGCUCACUCUCAGAAAAGACAGAGAUGACAGAGCUGCAGCGACUGUCACUGGAAUGAGUGGAUUUGAAUGUUAAAUUAAAUACAUCAUUUGUUUGUUACAAACUUUUUAUCCUUCUCUUUGUCAUAAAAUCUCUGUUUUGCCAGUGGGUUUUGGCUGAGUUUUUGCAGCGAUGUUUGGAAUUACUUUUUCUCCUAAAAUCAAUAGUGAAGUUGAAAUUUUUAUUCUUUACACAUGUGAGAACCUUUUUACUUCUGUUUGCUCCAAGUAUCGAUCGUCAUGAUCCCUCUUGGCUUCAAUCUAAACCUUAAUUUGCUCAGUUUGAUUCAAUGCGUGUGUUCAUUGGGAUGUGAGUGAGUGUGUUUCUCAAAAAUGAAGAUCUUGUCAGCUUGGUGGUCUGUAUGUGACAUUAGCAUUUUCCGCAGAUUUACAGUGGGACACUCCAAGGCCAGGGUCAGCGAAGGGUCUCCUUCCCAUGAGCCGGUGUGUACAGUUUGUGUGCAUGCUUUUAAUUACAGAAUUAUAUGGAGGAAACGCACAGUUUCCCUAAUUACUUGCAGAGGGCUGUAAUAUAUUCUAUACAAAGUUCAAUGCUGUCAUUCAUUGGGACUCCUCAGCAAAUAAACUCGACUAUCAUUCUGAUACCACUAAUGAGAAGAGAGAAAAUGAUGUGUGUUCGUUUCUGACACGUGAAUGUGGACAGUGAUGAUAUGUUCCCACCAGUAUGAGCUGAGCAGCAUUCAGAUCUGAGCCGCACAUGUUUCUGUACGCAGCGGCUGUUGUCAGCUGUCACACGGUAACAUGGCGGAGGCUUGUGGUAUGGUACUUGUUAUGUGGAUAUUCUGAACAUAUUUCCUUGUUGACCCUGUGGAUCACGUCAGCCGGGCCUGUCAUUGGGGACCCAUGUUGCGCCUUGUUGGACCUCUGCCUUGAAUAUUUCAACCAAACUCCGGCUGAUCGAUGGCGGCAGAAACAGACCUCAUUUUGGCACAUGCUCUCAGUGGACUGUUUGACAGAUGGUCCUAUGGUAAAUGUCUAUUGAUUCACUCCACAUUAAUGACUAAAUGAUUUGCCAUUAUUCCAAUGAUGUUGUAAGAUGAUGGGCCUGCUCACCAAAGCGUGCUUUUAAACAUAAUUAAAAGAACACCUUGGGGAGGCUGUUUCGACGGAUUCUGGCUCCUGCCAGCUGUAUUUUACGACAACAAACAAACCCCCUGGAAGGUUUUUAACCUUCGCCAAAGCCAAAAUAGGCAGGAGAAUUAAAUGCACAAGGCAGCAGUGUACUACCAAACACUCCUCCCUCUUCAAUUUGAACCCAGAAUAUUUUCUAACCAGAGGUUACUUUCAGGUGUAUAAGCAAGAAGAAUGAAAAAAAAUCUAAAUAAACACUUUGACACAAACGUGACUCUGCUGUGGCCGACAUGACUCUGGGAAUGGGAAGUAUGAGGAAUGUAAACAGAGUUAUUUUCCUCUAUGAAUAAUUGUUGUUCAGCUCGGUCCGCAUGCUGUCUCAAUAUGUGCAUAUGGUUCAGCAUAAAGUGCUCCUGCCAACAUUCAUCUCAUACCAACCUGACUGCUCUGCCUCUCACUGUAAAACACUCAGAUUUGCUCUCAAACUUCUCCCAUCAGAUUAGAAGUAUUUAGGUAUGAAAAUUCCUGUCAAGGUAAUUGAAUUAAGGCAAUCUAACUCACUAAACCUCAGGAACUGUAUGACAUCCAGAAUUGAUUUUACAGCCACAGAAAUGGGAGAAUUAAAGCUUCAUGCCUGCUUCCUCUAUUGAUCAUUAUUCAGAAAACCUAAACAGCUCCUGAAUGCUUUUUCAGUUUGAGACUUGAGGAGCUUCAGUACUUAGCGGGCAGGAUGAAUGAAUGUUUUUUUUUUUUACCAACAAGAAGAUGAUGGGACCAAAAUUUUAAGAGGUGAAUUGAUGGACAUUAAGUAUCCUUGGUAUUUCCCCCACUUUAAACCUUACCUGUCAAAAUACAAAUAACACAUUCCUCCAACUGGAUAAGUAAGUUUAGGGGCGCACUGUUUAACAUGGUCACUCACCUACCGCAAAGCAGUUUACUAACUUUUUCCAAACAAAAUCUUAGAUACAUGAUCAUAACACUAGACAGGCUUUAGAUCUUCACCCCCCUCUUUAUCACACUAGUCAAGGUCAGUUUUCCCUGAAAUACAGAGGUUCUACUCUCUAUGAUAAACAGUCAAAGGGUUUAAAUCUCUCAUCCUUAAAUGUAUACAAAAACAGGUUGAAGGAUUUACUGAUUAACCACUAAUUGUUUCAAUGUCUUUUAAGGUAUUUCUCAGUUACCAGAAUCUAUUUUUACAAGCUAACUAUAUAUAUAUAUAUUUUUUUAAUUUUCCUACUAUUAAUGUAUGCUCUUAAAAUUGUAUGGUCUACAUAGGUAGAGGCCUCACACAAGCCCUGUGUGCUUCUUUGCCUCUCCCUGGCACUUUAUUUUCUAUGUUUUUCUCAGUUGUUACAAUUGUAUUGUCUUUUUAACAAAUGUGCUAAAUCAAAUCAAAUCAAAUCAAACUGUAUAACUAUAACUGUAACUAUAAAAUUGAAGCUGCAGGGUCACCUUAUUUCAAUGCUUGAAGUUUGCUGUGUGAAGGUCUCUGUCUAUCUUAGUUUGGCAUAAUGUGAGAGAGCAUAUUAAAUCAGAUGUGUCAUAGUUUUGAUCAACUCUAAAUCAUCUCAGAUGCAGUUCAGAGUGUAGAACAUGGGCUGUCUAUCUUACAGCAGUAGGUGUAGUUAAGGACUGUUGUAAUAGUACAGUGCACACUUUUGUUUAAAAAAGAAGAAAAAAAAACCUACAUCAUGUCUGAAGAAAAGGUGUUUUAGUUUUACUUGACUUGGAUCUAGGAAAAUCCUUCAAUAUUACCAUCUUUUUUUUCUGUUUGCAGAGCACUUUGCAUUCCUUCAGAGAUCAGCAGGGACAUCUUGGCAGCAUUGGAUUCUUGGGAGAGCUUAGGCUAAAUUAUUCCACAAAUGUAACACAUGAGUCAAAGUGUUAAGAGAGUGAAAUUUUGCAGAUUUAGACACUUGGAUCCGCUCUUGGUACAGAUUUCUCAUCAGCCAAAUAUGAGUUUGAAGAGGGGAGACUUGAGUAAGAAGAUAACAACAAAAACAUAAUUACUUUUUAGCCUAAAAAUAGUCUUCAGGUGAAAUAGCUGCCAAAAUUUGCACUGUUUGAUUUGAUUUCAAUAGAUGGAUGACAUUUAUUCUUUAUUGGCUCUGAUAUAGCUACAGGGUCUGACAACCAAAUGCAAACAGAGGAAGACUAAACAAACAUUUUCCCCUUGUUUCUUUUUUUAAAGUUUUUGUUCGUGAACCAGUUGCUAUGCGCUGAAAAAAGUAGGAGCCCCGAAUAUGUCCCCGUCCUCUUAAUUUCAAUAUUUACCUUUUUUUGCAUUAGACUCGCUUUCAGCAGUGUGGUGUAACUGCUUCUGCACUUCUGUCUGAAGAAUCAGCAUAGGUCAAUAAUUCUAACUGUUAUUUAUCAUAAUUACUACUGUAAUAGUUUGCACGUGGUGACAUUUAACAGUCAUUUGCACAAAUAAAAGAGUUAUCAAAACAUUCAGCAAUUUCCUGGGGUACUCCAGAAUGCCAAAAUUGGAUCCUUGUAAAAUGGAUGUUAUAUAUUUGUCAUGGUAUUGAAAUAGAAACACUAUAAUUGCAUGUUUUAUACAAUUAAAUGAUUGAUGAUGUAUGUGCACUGUGUGUACGGUUAGAUAAAUAGAAUCAUUUUGACCCUGUAUGCAUGUAUAACUCUCUCAACCCAACUUACAAUUAAUGAUUGGUCACAGUGUGGUGUGUUUAUUUUCCCUGGGUGGUACCUUCUUGUAGUGAUCAGUGUUUUCACACAGCCUCUGUGGGAGCACUACUAAGCUGUGAAAACACCACAGCCACAUCACAGCAGUACAUCUUAUGAAUAGCUCACAUUUUGAAAUGAAAUAGGACUGCUGCCAGUCUAUGUUCUUAAAUCUUGUUAUCUUUCAUAAGGACUCACUUUUAUAGGUGCUCUAUUUCCCAGGCACAAAAAUAUUUCCAGAGACUUGUAAAGUAAAAUUAAACAAAAAAAAAAACGAUUCCAGUGUGUGUGGUAUCGGAUAUCUUUAUGUUUACAGCAGAAUUUUUUUUUUUUUUAUGUAUCAUGUAAUUAAAAGAAGUUUGUGUUAGCAAAAAAAAAAAAACUCAUAUUGGUGGUAAAUUAUUUUUUUAAAUGCAUCAGGAUACAUGCAAAGUUUGCUAUCACUCGUGUGAGCAGAGAGAAAGCCUGAGUGAGAGAGCAGGCAUGAUAGGACGCCAGCUCUGUGAUCAAGUGUUUAUAUAGACAUGACUUACACACAUUCGCUGCAAUAACUUUCCUCCAGUUCUCAGUAUAUUUUCCCUCCUUUGUGUGCUAAGACCAAACCUGGCGCUGACUUUUGGAGCACAAUAUGUUUCAUGUGUUCACAUAUGGCGGAACAGUAGCUUGUUUGUGUUGCUGAAUAAUCCUUAAUCAACAAUCCAAACCCAGGCAUAGUCUCUCAUUAUCCCAGGGAGCAUGCCAGCUUGGCACACAGUGAACUCUGCCUGUCUGUUUUAAACAGAAAGCUACUGAAACCGCUCGGCAGAGGCCCUGACGGCAGCACAGGCAAUCUACACACACACACACAUACAUAGAAAUGCAGACAAACACAGGGACAAAUUUGCAUGAGUGGGAUGCACAUGGGUGCAGAGGAAUAAACAGCACAGGCCAGAACAUGCACAUGUUGCUACUGCCAAGGCAAGUAAAAGUCAUAAAUACAAAACAAAUAAAGCAUGUACACAUGCACUGGCAGACAUGCGCUCUCACACGUGCACUGCAUGCAUCAUUUAAAUCUAAUAAAAGAUUAUUGUGGCAGAGAUGCAUGAUGUACAGACUGUUCGCUAAAGACUGCGAGAGAGUUGUGCAGAGAGAGAGAGAGAGGCAUCUUUCUUUUAUUAGGCUGUACAGUAAGAGCAGCUCAGGCCCUCGGGGCAUUAAUUACACUGAGAGGAACAGGGACAGUAGGCACAACACAUGGCAUUGAGUAACACUCAGCUGCAGUGCCUUAUUAUCAGGACUCCCCUCUUCAGACCUUUCAUCACUUCCCAUAAUGCAAUAGGGAAUCCUGAGUUUGGGUAACCACUAACCAACACAAACAUACUUGUCUGUGUUUUGCGAUGAGAGCUUUAUCUCUGAGAUAUUUCUCAUGACUCUCCAGGACUUGCCUGCUUCACACACACAUGCACACAGCUAAAUAUAACUGAGUGACAUGCUUCACAGCUCUGACUUCCCGCCAGCUCAGCGGAGGAGCUGUCCAUUACAGUGACGGACUUGACUUUUUGAAAAUAUUAUUUAAUAUCAGGCCAGAGAGGUUAGAAGGAGACAGAUGCUGUCAUGGAGUGAUGGAUGAGCCUCUUUUUUAAAGGCCAUGAGGGAAAUAAUAGACAGCCCAGCGACCCCUGAAAGCGGCAAGCUUAGCCAGGACCAUCUUUCCUCCCCUUCUCAUCUCCAGAACUGUCAGGCUGAAAAAUGUCAGUAAUUAGAAAGUAUGGUAAUGUAAAGGUACUUUCACGUUUGAUCUCCUGUGCGCUGGAGUAGCUGUGGCAGUUAAGGUGGUCGUAGAGGGCAGCAAGCAGCAGGAGGGGAGGUUAGACCCAGGACAAAUGGAGCCAGGGCCCGGUCCAAAAGAGAGAUGGAUGGACUACUUUAGUUAUUUAAACUGCGUGACCCCUUUCACAGGAAGAUUAGGUAAGCUGUUAGCCUUUGUUUACAUUCCUCCUAUUCAAAGCUAGCCUCUUUUCCAGUAUUGUGAAAGUGAGAAUGCUCUCAGUGUUUUCUCUCGUUGAAACUGGUAUAGAGACGACUGAUGAAAACAAAUGAAAGAGCUUUGGUGCUGGUGUUAUUUUUAUUAUGCUCAUGUAUCUGUCCUGUUUCACGCAGAGGAAGAAGCAACAGUUACACAUGAUGUCAUGUUUCUGUUUUUGUGCGUGCUCUUGAACUGAACUCUUGGCUCUUUAAUUCAGUUGUCCAUAAACAACAUUUACAUGUUUAAAAGCACUCAGACAGAUAUGAACAUUUGCUCCGUGCUUCUUUUUUUUAUUUACAUAAAACUAAACAUGAGAUCAUGCUUUUGUGGAAGAUGAAAACCAUUCAUGCACAAACACAUAACAAUCAUACGCAGCCCGCUCUAUUAAAGACCAGCAGCUGACUUUCCAGUAGAGGCAGACAUGGUGAAGGUCCAGCAGAAUAGUAGACCAUAGAGACUCAGAGGCAGCUUUUACUUUGCUUUAAAUGGCUUAUUUGAUUAAAGAAUUUUGACUUAGUGCUUCGUCUGACGCCAGACCUGGGACUUUGUAAUGGAGAAUGAGUCAGAGCUGGAGAGGGAAGAAGAAGAAAGAGAUGUAGAGACACAGAGAGAGGCAGACUGGGGGCGUCUCAGUCAACACAAACAUCAUCAGACGUGCAAACCAUAACCUAACCAUAUAGUUCUGCUUUUUAUUUUCCAGUGGAGUCUAGGCUGCAAUUUGCUGCAGUUCAUUUUCAUAUAAAAACGGGUGAUUGUGCAUGUGUGCAAAUGUGUCUGGUCUGGGUUGGUAUUCUCAACACAAACACAAUGACAGAAAAACCGUUGACCGACCGUGCAGAUCUGCUUCGUAUUUAUCCAUUACCCAUGGUUUUAGCUCUGGCCCGCAGUUUGAAUAAGUUAAUUUCGAUAAAUGGCCUCGCUGAUUGUGUAGAAAGCAGAAGGGCGGUGAGGAGCAACUAAGACGAAUGUGAGGAUGAGAGAAGUAGAGGAAACUUUUAAGAAAUCAGCAAAACUCAUGCUAUUAAAAAGUGACAUCAGUGUGGUAAAAGCAUAACUGACUGGUUUUGAAAACAUCUAUCCUGGAUCAGUGGCUGCUUCUGCCGUGGUUAUUAAGGAGAGACAAAUAGCAGAGCCACGCUGUCCACAGGCUGAUGGAGAAAAGCAGCAAUAUAGAGCCUCUGUAGGGCCCAAUGUUUAUUUUCACUGCUUGAAAAUUGCUCCACAGUGGAAACUGUGCUGCAAAAACACUCUAUGCUAGCUUUGGAGUGUGGACUGAGCCGGUAAAGCUUUAGAAUAACCACAGCAUGCAGAUCCUUGUCUGUAAAGAUAAUCAUUACUGGAUCUACAUUAUCUCUGCCUGUGAGUGUGUGAGAGCGAGGUGGAGGAGGUUAAGAUUUACCAUGUGCCUUCUUGGCAGGGAUGUGUCUGGGGCGAUGUUAAUGGUCAGGGUUGUGUCUGUUUGUGGCUGCAGAGUGUGUUUUAACUGCUGUGUGAUUCCUCGAUCUAAACGCUGGCAGAUCUGAUUUAGUGGGCUCAUAAAGCCAGACUUUUCUCACAUAGCUGAAGGUUCUCAGAUCUUUACAUGAAAACCUCUUGAGUCUGGGUGCCGGGCUGUAUACCAGUCUGGGAAAGCAACCCCCUGCAGCCAUUAAGGCGUAUCUUAUUAUAUAAGAAUAGUUCCGUUUCUCAUAAAAAAAAGCCGUGUAUGUAACGACUCUGAUAUUUCAAUAUUCAGAUCUCUCCUCUGGGGAAGCAGAAAGAAAACAAAGUUUUGGAUGGAUGCUACGCUGUCUUGUGCCUUGCCAGUUGCCCCGACCACUGGCAUGUCUGUCUCUGUCCCUCUGCCCAGAACAGCCAUGUUAGUUUGUUCAUCUCUCCAAACGAACAGUCCGCACCACUGACUUGAAGAGAGGUGGGAAGGAGAGGGGGAGAACAUAGGGGCGCCUUGUGUCGUGGGUGUGGGGGAUUUUUUCCCUUCAGCUCCAUUUUCCUCCAGCACCACAGCUGAUUGCUACCACAUUGAUGAUGGUUUAGUUAGUGGGAGAGUUGUGUAUACUCUAGAGUACGCUGGACAGACUGGCUCUCUUCCCUGUGGCACCAAGCCCCCUGGCACUGAGCGUCGCUCUUCUUCCUCAAACCCAUCAACGUCUCAUCCAUCUCCCAUCCUUCUUUCAAGGCUUUAUCCACGUCCCCACCAGGGGCUUGGAAAUGUGCUCUUUCUUUUUUGUUUUUAUUUUCUAUUGAUCUAGGAUUGUGUUUUCAAAAGUCCACAGAGCCUGCGGUUGACACGAAAGGAACGCAACCAAUAUUCUUUUGGAUAAAUCCAUAAAGGCUCCUUUGUUUCAUGUAUGAGGGAUCCAAAUCAACCACUUUUCCUCUCUAAAUCCCAAAUCUGUCCAUACUUUUCCUGCACUCCCUCUGCUUCUUCUCCCCUGUAUGAUACGAGCUGUAUGCUAUCACAGCUUUAGCGAUAGCUUUGAGUCAUUUUCCAGCCUCUCAUCCCUCUGUGUUUUGUAGGAGCAGCAAAGUUAAAUCCUUGUCUCCUGCAAUUUAAUCCAGAAAUUACAUGCUGUAAAAUUAAGUGUGUGAGUCCAGCUUUAUGAUGGAACUAAUUUUUAAAGCGUGCAGUAAACCAAACCAGAUCCUCCUUUUUUGUGCCUGUGUGGUAUAACCAUGCAACCUUGUUUGCUCUUUUUUUUCCUCUCACGAAAACCUAUUCUUGUGUAAAUAUUGUAAGAAUAUUGUAACAUUCCCCUGACAGUUUGACACACUUGGAAAAGCCUUGUGAAAGUCCAAACAUGGCAGCCUUGGGACAAGACAUCUGUAUUUACUUUCAUAUCCAUACAACGACUGAUAGACAAAGAGUGGUAUUAAGAUCAGCCUCUUUUCCUCCGCUCUGUAAUUGUUCAGGAAAAUGUUUUCUGCAAGAGGGACAGAAAAACCUGCCGUUCGGAGGAGUGGCUGUUGUGUUCAGAUAUAUACCACUCGACUUUGUGACAUUUAUGAGAAGGUUUACUGCAACAACAAUCAAGGAGCAUUGUUAGCACCCCAUUAGCGCUGUUAAAGCACUUGGACCUGUUCUUUUUUGCUCCGUACUUCCAAAGGCAGAGUUUUCCUCCCCUUUCUUACAUGAAAAAAACUGUCAUUACCUGCCAGUGUGUAGGCGUAUUUUUUAUAUUCAUCUCUGCAAUGCCAGUUAAAUACUCAUGAAUUAAAAAAAACAAAACAAAACAAGUAAGAGCAUGUGUGUUUGAUACCAUGUGAAUAUUUUGAUGGAGUAAAUGUUUUUGUUACAAAGACUGCUCAUGUCCAAAGAUAGGAGGGCAGUCUGGUAAAAACAGCUUUUCCUCACGGAAAUGAAAACACAGGCGAGUAUUUAUGGGCCACGGUUGAAGAGCAAGAUCAGGGUUUCUGGCUUGAGUGGUGCACCCUGCCAGCGACCGCUCUCCCCAAGUCCACACUUCCACCUCACUGUAGACACAGGACACAGUCCACUUAUAUUAAAAACAAUGGCGGUGAUGAGUAGAGCGAAGAGAAUAGUGGUGAGAUCAGUGACUGUAAUAUAUACAGAAAGGUUGCCAGGAAUUGAUGUAAUACAGACUGCUUGUUUGAAGAUCGAACCUUAAUCUACAGAUCUGCAAUAAAUCUGCCUGAUGCCGGGUGAUAUUUCUUUGACACUAAAGCGCGGUGCUCGUCUUAAAAUAUAUUUUCUCGCGGUUUUGAAUGCAAAGUUCUUCUGUAUGUUUCUGGGAGUUCGUCCAAGUCCUGCUGAGAAACUGUACCACUGAAGCAGCAAUACAUUGAAGGUUGUACUUCACAAUCGAGGUCGCAGGGAUAUUUUAGCAGAUGCAUUUGUUCUCUUAAAACAGUAAAACACAAGAUUUAUCCUUGUUCCUGGACUCAGGCACUCAGUUAUUAUUAAAAAUGGGGAACUCCGUGCUCUAGUCCUUCAGAGACUUAGAGAAAAAGGAAAUUAUGAUGAAAGAAGGUCCAGGGCUGGCCGCAGUUGAACACUAUAUUAAAAGGACAAGUCCAGUGGAUGUCCCGUAAUGGAGCUCUGUGAGAGGGGGUAUUUCUUGCAGGCCUACAGACUGUUUGUAGUGAGUGAUGUGGACGGCUUCAGGGACCGUGACGGCUUCCCUUCACUGUCAUAUCUUAAGACCACUAAAGCCUGCACUUAUCUCGCUGUUUUCCAACCACUCAACAGGCUGGACUUUCUGCCAGCUUAAACCGCGCUAUACUUCAAUUUACAGCCCUCAUUAAGACACAGAGGCUUUACUCCCACAUUAAUAUUUCUAAAACCCCCUCUGGUGCUGCAGCUUUUCUUGUUUUCCCACUCAGCUCCCGCCAUAAAAGUGCAAUUACCUUUUUUCUAGUCAAUCAAAGUGUAGACCAUAUUUCGUCAUGAAUGAUUUAUGGUUCAGUCAAUAAAAGAGAAAACAACUCGUUCUGACCAAACAGUAGAGCCUUUAAGUCUUUUAUUUUCAUACAGCUACUUGUCCUGAAAAUCAAGAUACCCAAUUUUAGUCGUGUAGAAACGAGAAAUCACUUGAAUUUGAGAGUGUUGUAUUUCAUUAUUAUGUGCCUGAUAAUGUCAAAUUGAACUACAAUAUGAAAGCACUUACUGUAGUGUAAUAUAGUGUAAUUACAAUAAUGGAAAACUUCAAAAUAAAACAACCCUAUUAUUUAAAAUAAGGAAAAACAAACAAGGACUGAGCAGCACUUAACUUCAUAAACUUAACUGAGAACUCAAUGCUACCUCUAUGUGGAAUAUUGACAGUAUAUAAGAUUUUUUCUACAAAUCUAAAUUAACUUUUUAUAAUCAUCUGUGCACUGUGCGCUUGAUGAGUCCAUUCAGUUCCAUCAAUUCCAGUUUAUUGCAAGUACACUUAUCCUUACACAAUAAACUCCCCCUUUAACAGGAAAUACUCAAUACAGUUAAAUAAAAGUCUAUAAUACAUGUUACCUGUACUUUGGAGUCAUUUGCAACAUGUGUUUGUCAUGCUUUUAUUUUGAUGUCUUUUUUGUCUUUUGUUAAGGUUGCUUUAUUUCCCACAUGGUCAGACUGAGCUUUUAUUUUGAAGUAUGCUACUUCUGGAAGAUUUAAUUUACUGAACUGAAUGAAAACAGUUAAAAGAGCGGUUACAAAGUUUAAAUGCUUACCUUAUAAGUAUACUGGGGAAGCGUAUGCUCCAACUUUGCUUUUGGAUUCAUAAUUAAUCUUAGUUUUCAAAGUGCCUUUCUCUCAGUUGGCUGCCACAGCUAGUUCGCUAGCACUCUGUUACUUCUUCUUCUGUCCUCUGUUUGUCUUCUAUGAACUCAGGAUGUAACCAAAUCCUCUGCUUAUUUCAAGCACAAUCUCAAUAUUUUAUUUCUUAAAGAGAUGGUUAUUAUCAUGCUGGUAUAUUACAGCCAGCCAUAUGCUGUAAGUUAUCAUCUUCUUCUGAAGUGAUAAGAAAAGACAUCAGUGAUUAAUUUGGGCUCUGAGGCUUCUUUCCAAGCCGAGUUACUGCGUUCCUCUGUCUCAAAUUUACAGCGGAAUGAAGAGGCUUUAUCUCUGCUUUUGUUUGAGCCCAUUUGGCUUCACUAAAAGACCGUUGUGCUUUACAGAUGUUUCUCUGCAUUAGUGAACAUAUAAAAUAAAGUUAUGAGUGAUAUAGGGAUGAAGACAGAGUAGUCCUGCUGUGUUUAAGAGUGUGUUUGUGCUUUUGCAUGUACACACGUGGUUCGAUGGAUGUGAGUGUACGUGGAUGUAAGUGAAUAUGUGUUCAGCCUGUGCGAGGACAUGAUGGAUGACUCGUGUGCUGCAGUGAAAGUCUUUUAAAUCACAUCAAAAUCAAGAACGUAUGACUUCAUCAGACCUGCAAGGCUCAAUGUGAGCUUAAUGAAAUAUGGCAAACUCCUCUCACUGGCCUCAGAUCAUGCAUUUUAUCUCACAAUAAGGACUUUGCUGGACCGUGUCGGUGCUCUUAACUGCCAUUGUGGUGAGUGAGUGGACCCGGGAUGAGCCUCUCUAAGUGAACUCAUUGUGGUGCCAUUAAGAGAGUCUGGUCAUGCUUUAUCUGCAUGCAGAGCUCUGUAGAGAUCUCAGUGUAGUGUCAGAGCUGUCUGCACUGACAGAUGGCUCCUCACUAGGACUGUGAUGCAGAUGCAGUAAACAGGUUUUAUAAUAGUCUGGAUAUUAGGGUCUUGGAAACGCUGCAGUUUAGUAGUGAGAUUAUUUUCAAUAGGAGUUGAAGCUGUGGUUAAAUCUUUCUGGGUUAAGUCUUCUAGUUUUGCACUUUGAAGAAAACACCUGCUUGUUGUUCAGGGCUUUUAAGUUCAAAUUUUGUUUGUCCUGACUCAUGUUGAGUAGAAUUGAUUUCCUAAAGGAUCAUUUUGAUGAAUCAUUGAAACAUUUCCUCCAUGCACCUGUCAUUUACCCAGAAGGGCCAAUUUCUUUCCGAUUGAGCCGAAUUGGAUCAGAAUUUUCUGAUCAAUAUGUUUACAUGUUGCAUUUUUAUUCUGAUCGGGCAUUUAUUCAGAUUAUUUGUGCCCAUGUAAACGCAGCUACUCAUGGUGCUGUGGUGUGGAGCCCACAGACAGACCAAAGAGUGAGUGCUGAAAAUCUACGCUGAAGGAGGCUGCCUCUAGCUGAGCAGAAAGGGCUCAAAGGUGGUUGCGAUUACAGGAAUUUCAGGGAGAGAAGAGGACUUUUUUAUAACUGUGUGACCAAAAGUUGCAGCAGUAUGCUGUAAUAAUAUUUUUGCACAGCUCUGUAAUCAUAGCUAACCACUCUUCAUAAGAUUGCAUUAAGGGCUUUCUUGGCAGUCUGGAUCCUUUUUGUCUGUUGAUUUUGGAGUUGCUUAACUUAUUCUGAUUAAAUACUUUAGGUGAAUGACAUGUCAGGUUAUUGAUAAGAAUCUGUUCCAGUGUCUUAAUCCUUAUGUAGGACACUUUGUGUGUCAGCCUGUCCACUAAUGUGCUAAUUGUGUGCAUUCAUGUGCACUUAGCUCUGUUGGUAUGCAUGCGCAUGUGUGUCUGUAUGCUCUCUCAGGUGUCUUUUAAUGCGUUAAUGGUUCUUUUACCCCUAUCAGGGAGGGAGUGAUGAGCUCAAUCAGGUGUGCGUAACACCAUCCUCCCACCUGCUCUGAACCUGCUGGGACAGGGGCUGCUGGAACGCAGAGGAAGCCGGUGAAACCUUGAGGGUCCUCAUUGAAUAUUCAGGUCUGCUUGAACAGCCCGAGGUGAGCAGAGAGAACUGUUUGAUCCACAAAGCUGUCACUGCUGACCCGGAGUCAAACUGCUUUUGUAAGAGAAAGUAUAUAACUGUGCGAGAAUUGGGUGUCUCUCUCCCAGAGCAUGCAUUUUUAUUUCUGUCAGGUUUUCUAUCCUGCAGGUUAAAGCUCCUAUUAAGAGUUUUCGAGAUCUAUGAAACUGACUUAACUGACUACACCUUUUUAUGAUCGUCAAAAAGCAAACAAGACCAUGAGGGGCAAGAUUGUAAAUCUGUAAACCCUAAUUUUUAAGGCCUGAAAGUGGUGUGAGGGGAGGGAGGUGUCAGCCUUUGUUUUGUGUCCACAUAAAGGAUUAGCAACAAAUGAUACAUUAAGAUGUCAGAAUCUACUAGGAUGAGAUUUCAUUUUUAAAAGACACUUUUUAAACACGUAGAGGACAAGAGAAGCAAAGACUGCUUUGUCCAUAUGGGGCGCCAUAAUUAACACAAACCAGUAGUUCCUCAUAGGGGCUUAAAGUAUUAUUAUUAAUAAAGACAAUAAUGAUAAUAUUACCAAUUACCCUAUUUCUGUCACACCUAAAAAAAUGAGGAUUUUUUAAGUGUUUUGACAGUUUGCAUAAAUAAAAUCAAAGCAAAAAGGAAACAGACAGAAAAAAAAACCUCAGCACAAAAAGAAACCCAGAAUAAACCCAAACAAACAACUUUAGGACCUAGAAGACACAUUAAGAAACCAAGAGCAUUAAAUGAAGCUAAGAAAAACAUUAUAAAAACCUAGAAUUACCUUAAAUUAACCCAGACAACACAGGAACCCAACCACAGAAAUAGAGACCUUUUACGCAGCUUCGAUGGUACAGUGCUCGUAAAAUGUGUUUGACUUCACGAGCCAUUCUUUCCAAGAAAUGCACAUCAUUAUCACAUUUAGUUUUAUAUCUUUGAUUCUGUCCUUAAGUUUACAUUAACUUGAAUGCAUCAUGCAUGCUCAUAUAGCGGAAAGCUUAGAGAGGCCUUCAUGAUAUUCCUAGACAGACUCAGGAAAGACGUCUGAUGGCAGAAAUGUCUCACCUUGCUGUUGAAUGUUCAUAGAUGUAUCAUGCAUGUGUGUCUCUGAAUAGUCUCUGUGUAUUAGAAAGUGUGUGUGUGUGUGUGUGUGUGUGAGAGAGAGAGAGAGAGAGAGGAGAAGCUGAUGGAGAAUGGUCUGUAGAUAAUAAAUGGCAUCUGCUGUCUAAGGCCUCAUCACUCCUCUUAAAUCCAAGAGUUGUAGAUAAUACUUGAUGCAUGUGUUUUUGCAUAUCACUUUACGUCUGUGUAUGUGGGCUUAGGUGCUGCAGUACAGGGAUUUGUGUCUCCCCAGAGGUCUUUCAGGGACAUUGUUGGCUUAUUGAAAGAAAUCAAAAUGGAGAUCGAGUCAAAUCAAAGAGUUGGAAGAAAACAAGCUAAUAAAAGACAGCAAAGUCGAAUCACUGAGACAAAGUUACGCCCAGAGCCACAGACGGACUUUCUGUCACUGUCUCCAUCUUCGUUAAGAUGA